AUUUCUACAAUGCAAAGCGCUGGAGUGUGUGUCAGGGUGACGUCUCACGCUGCUUCUUGCUUCGGAAUUAAACUGCUCUAUGAAAUUAUUGACAAUUAAUUGUAUGGUACCAACAAAGAACACAGCACUGGAUACUUCAGUAACGUGUAUGACAACAGACGUUUGACAGAAACAAAGACAGGUAGCAAACAAUCCGACGUUGGCUCUAUGUAAAGAGAUAUAUGGAAAACCACCUGAGACAUUGAUUUGGAUUGUACAAAUCAGCAAGCAGGCAUGGGGAGCAAGAAUAGCUGGCUCGAUCACUUUGUCUUAGGCAUUUGGCUGUCUAUGAUUUUAACUGCUGGGUCAACCCAGGGAGGUGAGUACAAUGCCAUUUAUUGUUUGUGAAACAUUUCUUGUUUUAUGGCGAAUAAGAAAAUAAAAACUGAAGGUAUAAUACAUAUCCUAUAGUUACAGAUCACUAGAUGUUUGCAAACUGCAUUUCCCCUGACCUUUAGCCAGCCCUUACUACUGCAGGAGUAAGAGUAUAUAGAUAUCAAAUGUUACAUGGUCUGUUUGCGCAGGUGUGACAUCACAAACGAUAUAAUGGAAAGUGUUAUGAAACUUGCCAGUAAAAUUGUGUCAUUAUUUUUAAUCAUAUUUAUUAAAGUGUUGUAAAAGUGAUCUAAAAAGUGACGGUGUUCUGUACAGUAAAUCACUCCAGUUUGUGCAUCAUUUUACAUUUCAAAUUUAGAGUCUCAAAAAAAAGGGAAGAGAAUAAAAAUACUUAUCUGCCAGAAAAAGUGGCAAAAAAUUGAUAAAUCUGUUCCGUUGCUAAGAACAAUGGCGUGUAUUCACAAAUGAUAGGAGCAAAAAAAAAACAACAGAUGAAAAUAUCCAACAGAUAUAAUACAUUUCACUAUAAACUUGCCAAACAGACAUUAAAGUCAGUGACACUAUUCACCCCCAAUGACUCAGUAAUCACUCUGGAACUAAAUAAAAAAUAAAUUAGGAAUAUAAUUAUUUGCUAUUGUUUUACAGGGGACUUUCUAAACCAACUGCUGUGAUUAAUGAAUUAAUUUUACAAUCAUAGACUUAUGACUUUCACAAAUUGCUGGGCAGCACUUUCAUAGCUUGUGGAAUUCAUAGAAGUCCUAAAGAAACAUAGACAUCUUUUAGCAACCCCCAAUCAACCCAGUUAGCCUAAUAAAUGACUCCUUCUCAGAAUAUUCAGUUCGGAAUAAAACAGGUGGUCUAUGCCAUAUGCAUGCUUGGAUUGUUAAACUGUAUUUGGUUUGUAAAAUCUUCUUAUAAAUGUGCUACAAUGUAUUUGGUCAGUAGCAGUUCGUUUUAAGAUCUUAUAGUUUAAAAUGCUCCCUUUUUAUAAUUCCAUGAAUCAUACAAUGUACAUGUAAAUACAUGUAAUGGAAUACAUAAAGCAGUAUAUUUAUUGUCAUUAUUUUUAUAUGGUGACAACUUUUGUUGCUUUAACAAUAUUUGGUUAAAAGUGUCACAAAAUAUUAUUUAACAACCAUCAAGAAAGAAAGACAGAAGCUUCAGAGCGCUGGUUUGUUUCCUACACUGUGUGUAACACAUUAAAAUGGUGUUGAGUGAAGUUAAACUUUUGACAUGUUAUAAAAAAACAGCAGCACUUAGUAAUACCACGGUAAUUAGUCAUAGUCCUGCUCAGUGCUUCCAGAUAUCUCUGCAACUCCUCGAAAGUAACUAUCGUGACAUUCUGAGGGGGAAAAACAUGAGGCACAAUAUUUGUAUCCAGUUUAUCUACAGGAUGUUUGUUUCAAUGUCUGGUGUAUAUUUAGCAUUGUUGCUUAGCGAUGGACGGAGAAGCAGAUAGCAGUUUAAAUUUAUUCAGGAAUUAAGACCAUAACAAAAAAAAUAAUGGUUCUUCCCUAAACAAUUAGUUGAAGAGAAUUGAAACAUUAUUUGCAAAAUGGAGGCAAAAAAUAGCUCAUUUGGAAAAAUUCUUCAACACAGCUCAAGUCAAACAGGGUUAUUUAGUAAAGUGACAAUUUCCACAAAUACAACGGGAAUUGAAAGGGUAUUUCAAAAUGCAGAACAAAUUGCAGAGUUAGAAAAUUUCUCCAAGUAAAUUCCAUAUUCAGUUUGGCUAUUUUAGCCUUAAAUGUGAAUUCCGUUUGAAUUCCUGGUCAUUUUCAAUUUUCACAUAGGACACGAGGUCACACAUUUAGGCUGGAAGAAAGGAGAUUUCAUCUAAGGCAAAGAAAAAGUUUUUUUUACUGUAAGAGUAAUAAGGAUAUGGAAUUCUCUGCCUGAAGAGAUGGUUUUAUCAGUCCAUACAGAUGUUUAAACUAAAAUUGGAUAAAUACUUGCAAAAACAUAACAUACAGGGAUAUAAUUUCUAAUUAGUGGGGUAAUAGCUGCUUGAUCCAAGGAGAUAUCUGACUGCUAUUUUGGGGUCAAGAAGGAAUUUUUCACUAGUUUGUUGCACAAUUGGAAGCGCUACUGACUAGGUUUAUUGCGUUCUUUUGGAUCAACAGUAAAAACAUGUGUGAGGAAGGCUGAACUUGAUGGACGCAAGUCUCUUUUCAGCUAUGUCACUAUUUAAUGCUAUGUAAUUUAGUAAAUAACCCUGAAAGUUUGUCAAUUUUAGCAUAAAGUAUGCAAUUUGCUUUUCGAUUCCAUACCAUUAAUUGUUUGGUGACUACACCUCUUAGUCUAAAUGUAAAUAAAUUAUUAAAGAAAACUGAAUUUAUCACCAAUGUAAAAAAAAAAAACAACAAUUGUGUAAGUGAACAUGUAUCUAAAUCUGUACAUAGCAUAUAACCGUGCAAGGAAUUUAUUAUAUGUACAUAUCACACGGCAGAAAGGAGAAAGAAAUACCCGUCUGGGACCAAUGCUGGCAGGGGCAAACAAUGGCUAGUUAUAACUAAUUUUGUUUUGAAGAUAAUUAUUUCCCUGAAUUGUACUGAAGUAUUUUAUGAAAAACACAUUUUUUGUCAAGAGUUACAGAGACCACUUAUGAUUAGAGCGGUGAUGUAAUUAUUGUUAUCUGACUGUGAAUUUAAAAAUGUGCACGUGCACACACACACACACACACACACACACACACACACAAAUUUAUACGUUUUCCAGUUUUCUAAUACUAAUAGAGAAAUUCAUUAAAUUUGUAAGUUUUUAAACAUAUUAUAUACACUUUUUAGAAUUGUAUCAUUCUGGAAGUCGAUGCCACAUAGAGAUACAUUUCUUGUAAAAAUGUUUAAUGGCAUUUUGGACCCUUAGUGCCAUAGAGUAGUUAAAGUGCCCGGGCAGGUAGUUCUGUUCAGUUGAGUAUCUUAUUAGUACAUAUGUAGAUGAUUAGUUUGGGGUCAUAUUGGGCUUUAUUCAUUGGAAACAGAAUAUUAGGGUAUUGAAACCAAAUAAUGUAUUUUGGACAAAAUUUUGUGUUUUGUUUUUUUAAUUCACCGCAGUCUUCUGUUUAGUGAAUUGCCUUCCAGUAUUGCACUAACAUCCCCCAUCAUUUUCUACUAAUAAUGGCUUAAUGUUUUUAGGGCCACUUUACAAUUACGAUACGAACACAAUCUAUACCAACAUCUCCCUUUAGACUUGAUAGCGACAUCAAUGGUUUGUUUAAACUUGAGUUUUAGUUUUUUUUAUUUCUUCUCCAUAAUUACAUUAUAUUGUCAUAUAUUCAAUUUAAGGACACAAAAGCAAUGUGUGUUCUCUUCGUUGAUAUAUUUGUAAAUAUUGAUGAUAUCAGGUUGGAACUAUUACUAAGCAGUGACUUAUGGUGUACCGAGAAUAGGUUGGAAACAGGAUUAUAGAAUAAAGUGAGAAGUCAAAGUGAAUUUCAAAUUCAAGGUCAAACUAGCCAAACUGCAAACAUUCUCUAAAUCGGCUAGGCUUUCAGUAGAGCUAGUCUGGUCUUAAAUAGCCCCAAGUCAACUGUAAUAUUGAGAGAGAAAUAAUAUGUCUGUAAUGAUUAAUGUAUGCAGUUAUAGAACUUAUCAGCUGUUAUGCUAACUAACAAUGCAAACUCCAUUUUGCUAACAAGAAACUGCAUUCUAUGAAGAUGCUAUGCCGAAUCGUAUAGGAUUAUUCACUAAAGAGAGAAUUUGAGAUUAAUUUAAAGUGAUUUUAAGUCUGCUCUACCUUCCAUUCAGCUAGACUGGCCUUAAAUUUGAAAAUCACUUUGAAUUCACCUUAAAUUCUCACUUUAGUGAAUGUGUGGUAAGAGUCAGAUAAUAAUUGAUGAAAUAACUCUGUUCUAGCCUUGUUUUAGCCUUGUUCUAGCUGGUUUUAGUUCAUUUUUCCAUCUACAUUCUUAUGUAAACAGGAUUAUUUUGGUAUCUCAGAUUAUAAUUCAUGUGGCCAAUUAGCACCAAUCAUGUUAAUAAAUAAUAUAGCUAAUUCUGCAUGUAAAUUUGCUGUCUUCUCAAAAUAACUCAACAUACAGCCAUUAAUGUUUAAACCGUUGGCAACAAAAGUGAGUACACCCCUAAGUGCAAAUGUCCAAAUUGGGCCCAAAGUGUCAAUAUUUUGUGUGGCCACUAUUAUUUUUCAGCACUGCCUUAACCCUCAUGGGAAUGGAGUUCACCAGAGCAUCACAGGUUGCCCCUGGAGUCCUCUUCCACUCCUCCAUGACGACAUCACGGAGCUGAGCUAGAGACCUUGCGCUCCCCCACCUUCCAUUUGAGGAUGCCCCACAGAUGCUCAAUAGGGUUUAGGUCUGGAGACAUGCUUGGCCAGUCCAUCACCUUUACCUUCAGCUUCUUUAGCAAGGCAGUGGUCGUCUUGGAGGGUCAUUAUCAUGUUGGAAUACUGCUCUGCAGCCCAGUCCCAGAAGGGAGGGGAUCAUGCUCUGCUUUAGUAUGUCACAGUACAUGUUGGCAAUCAUGGUUCCCUCAAUGAACUGUAGCUCCCCAGUUCCGACAGCACUCAUGCAGGCUCAGACCAUGACACUCCCACCACCAUGCUUGACUGUAGGCAAGACACACUUGUCUUUGUACUCCUCACCUGGUUGCCACCACACACACUUCACACCAUUUGAAACAAAUAAGUUUAUUUUGGUCUCAUCGGACCACAGGACAUGGUUCCAGUAAUCCAUGUCCUUAGUCCACUUGUCUUCAGCAAACUGUCUGCGGGCUUUCUUGUGCAUCAUCUUUAGAAGAGGCUUCCUUCUGUGACGAGAGCCACACAGACCAAUUUGAUGCAGUGUGCGGCGUACGGUCUGAGCACUGACCGGCACACCCUAACCCUUCAAUCUCUGCAGCAAUGCUGGCAACACUCAUACAUUUAUUUCCCAAAGACAACCUCUGAAUAUGAUGCUAAGCACGUGCACUCAACUUCUUUGGUCGACCAUAUCGAGUGGAACCUGUCCUGUGAAACCGCUGUAUGGUCUUGCCCACCGUGCUGCUGCUAGGUUUCAGGGUCUUGGCAAUCUUCUUAUAGCCUAGGCCAUCUUUAUGUAGAACAUCAAUUAAUUUUUUCAGAUCCUUCCAAAGAGAGUUAUUUGCCAUAAGGUGCCAUGUUGAACUUCCAGUGACCAGUAUGGAAGAGUGUGAGAGCGAUAACACCAAAUUUAACAGACCUGCUCCCCAUUCACACCUGAGACCUUGUAAUACUAGCGAGUCACAUGAAACCGGGGAGGGAAAGUGGCUUGUUGAGCCUAAUUUGGGCAUUUCCACUUAGGGGUGUACUCACUUUUGUUGCCAACAGUUUAGACAUUAAUGGCUGUGUGUUGAGUUAUUUUGAGAGGACAGCUAAUUUACACUGUUAUACAGGCUGUACACUUACUAAUUUGCAUUGUAGCAAAGUGUAAUUUCUUCAGUGUUGUCACAUGAAAAUAUUUAAUAAAAUAUUUACAAAACUGUGAGGGGUGUACUCACUUUUGUGAGAUACUGUAUGUCUGUACAAUGAGCUGAAGUGGUUUGGGUGCCUAUAGUGUCCCUUUAAUGGUUAAUACAGCAUGGUUCAGGGUUAGAAAUAUAUAAAUAUAAAUGCAUGUCAAUUCCACCAAAGAUUACGGAUCACCAGAUGAAUUAUAAAACAUAUUCGAGUUUAGGAUUGUACUUAGGUCAUAGUAUAGGGGUAAUUUUGUAGGGAUUUAUUCAAUAUGUAAGGGUCCAUUAAAUGUAACUCUAGGUUGAAGCUGCUGGUCUUUCUGUCACCUGUCAACCCCCGUCCACCCCCCCAUUAUUAUAAUAAAAACUGUAAGUUGCUAAAGACUGAACACAAAAGCUACAUAAAACAAAUAAGAUAAGCAUGUUAUUGAGUUGUCAGCUCACCGCAUGAUACUGCCAGUUUUUUAGUACAACACAAUGCAAAACACCACAGGCCACUGUUGAGUUACACUUGUUAAAUUUAUGCUUUAUUUAUUGUGCUAGGGAUUUUGUUCUGUACCGAGUGUAUGCUAUGACUUUGUUAUGUUUAAAUAAAACAUUAGGCAUCUGCCUAAAAAUGUUUGAAUGUGUCAAAUAAUUGAGGAAUGGCCACAUUUAUUGCGUUAUUAUUUUUAAUUUAAGGACAAACAGCUCAAUUCGUUGUAUAAUUUUUGAAAGUGGAAUGGUCACAUUCCUUUUGUUUUACUUAAACAAACACAGUCAUUUUUUUUUUUUUGUGACAAGGGUACGUUCCUUUUUUAAUGUUUUAUAUAAAGAAGAAAAGUCAGUUAAAGAGAUGUCAUCAUGUUUACUUUAUCUUUUUAUUCUCUCUAGUAAGCAUUAUUUAGAUUUACUGGGGUGAAUGUAGUUUGAAAAAUGUUAAAAUAAUGCAAUAAUGAUUCUUUAUUUUUAAUGCCUGGGGUAAUUGCUGCAAUUUUUGAAGCCAGCCUGCAAGAGCAACUCAGGACAAUUCAAAGCAAAAAUAACCCAGAUCACAAUUUUUAUUAUGUGACUUUUGGACGUUUUAUGAGAUAAAUUUAACAGGGUUACUCACUAAAGUAUUCAAAGUGAAUUUAAAAUUUAAGGCCAAAGUAGCUAAUCUGAAACCACAGCUGUUUUAGAGAAUGUUUCCUGUUCAGCUAUUUUGAUCUUAAAUUUGAAAUUCAUUUUGAAUUCUCACUUUUAGUAAAUAAGCCUGUAAAUAAAUAAAUAAUACAAGCACGUAACCUUAUAUGCAGUUAUAUAUAUUCACAUUAAAACUGCCAGGCACUGUGGAAUCUGUUGGCGCUAUAUAAAUGGCAAUAAUAAAUAAAUAGAUAAAUAAACCAAGAAACAAACAAACAACAAAACAAAUACCAAACAGCUUAAUAUGUCCUAACUUGGGAUAUUAACAGCUGUUCUAUAACUUUAUGGCAAUUUGGGAGUUAAGAUUUCGUCUAAGGCAAAGGAAAGGUUUUUGUUUUUUUUACUGUAAGAACAAUCAGGAUGUGGAAUUCUCUGCCUGAAGAAGUGGUUUUAUCAGAGUCCAUACAGAUGUUCAAACAGCUACUAGAUGCAUACUUGCAAAAACAGAAUAUUCAAGGAUAUAAUCUUUCAAUGUGGGGUAAUAACUGCUUGAUCCAAGGAUAAAUCUGACUGCCAUUCUGGGGUCAGGAAGGAAUUUUUUUCCUAGCUUGUUGCAAAAUUGUGCUUCAAACUGUUUUUUUUUUUUUGCCUUCUUUUGGAUCAACAGCAAAAAAACAAAUGUGAGGAAGGCUGAACUUGAUGGACGCACGUCUCUUUUCAGCUAUGUAACUAUGUAAUAUGUAACAGCAGUUAGAUGCAUUACAAUAUGCUCAUAUCACCGACAGCAAUGCCAUAGACCUUUUGGGAAACAUAACCUGACAGACUUGUUCUAACAAGCUCCUUAAAAAAAAACAGGAGCUCAAAAUAUGUAAAUGUUAAAUAUUUAGAAUCUACUUACUCCUACUUUGCAUUUAUAUUCAUACAUAUUGCAUUCAGAUUCUAGAUUAUAUUAAGUUAUAGAAAACUAAAUUAAUGAGAAAAAAGAGCAGCGCCUGGUUUCCUCCAGACAUGACGCUUUGAAUUGAGGCCAAACAGUUUGAUCUUCAUUUCAUCAGACCUGAGAAUCUUAUUUCUCACUGUCUAAGAGUCCUUUAGCUGCUUCUUUGCUAAUUCCAAGCAGGCUUUCAUGUGUUUUGCAGUCAGGUGAGGCUUCCAUCUUGCCUGUCUGCCAUAAAGGCCAAAUUGGUGAAGUGUUUCAGUAAUGUUUGGAGUGUUGCAGUGAUGGGUGGAUGUUGCAGUGAUGGGUGGAAAUUUCACUCAUCUCCACACAUGAUCUCUGGAGCUCCCCCCAGGUUGUCCAUCAGGUUCUUGGUCACUUCUUGAACCAAGGCUCCUCUUUCCCCUUUUCUUUAGGAAGAGUCCUGGUUGUUCCAAACCUCUUCCAUUUGAGAAUCAUGGAGGUCACUAAGCUCUUGGGAACGUUCAAUACAGCUAAGUUUGUUUGUAUCUUUGUGCCUCAACACAAUCCCGUGUCUGAGCUCUGAAGGCAGUUCAUUUGAUUGGCUUGAUAUUUGAUAUGAUAUGCAUUUAUAGCUUAUAUCUCAAAGACGAUCCAGAUAUAUGGCAUGCAUCCAAGCUAAAUCUGAAGUGUAAUAGCGAAGGAUCUAGAUACUUAUGUCAAUAUGAUAUUCUUUUUCCUUUUUGAAUGUGUGUCAAAAACCUGUUUUUGCUUUCUCAUCGUGAGGUAUUGAGUGUACACUGUUGCAAAAAAAAAAAAAAUGUAAACAAUUGCAGCAUAAGCCUGCAAAAAAAAAUUAAAAGGUCUGAAUACUCUCUGAAUAUACUAUAUAUACACAGCAUUUGUUUUGCACUCUAGCACCUGUUGAAACUGCAAGGAGGAUCAACUCAGCUUUUCUUUUUUUUUUAGAUCAAUAAAAUGAGGACCAUUCUAUUGCAAAAUAAUAACAUAGGGACUCUAGAAUGUCCUUUUAUUUGUUUAAGACUAAGAUUAUUAUUAUCUUUUUUUAUAGUAUUAUAGUUGAACCUGAGUGGAGGCUUGCAAUCUCCAGUCUUUUCUAUUUUCUCGUAUUGUAUUGGUUAUUGUGGCAGCUGCUGUUUACCCUUCAGGUAGCAAUAAUAUACAUUGUGAGUAUACCAAUAUGGGCUUAGAAAGACAUACUUAGUCUUUGGCAUACAGGGACAUAAUAAUCAUUGAGUAGUCAUGAUGCUUGCUUUAUUUAUUGUGCAAGAAACUCUGGGGGUCAUUAAAAGAGUGUUGCUUAUAUUUGUUCCCUUUUGUCUCUAUUCAUUUUGCAAUUUUUUUCUAUUUCUUGCACCAACAUUUUUCUUUUUGUGGAGGAUUUUACUUUAAAAAAAAAAAAGUCAUUUUCCAGUAUUUAUUAUAUUUUAUUUACUUAUCUUCAAUAUUUAAUAAGCGUGUGUUUGUAGGAUUUGAAAAAUAAAAGUAAUUUAAAUAUGCGACUGUAUUUAACUCUAUUUUGGAACAAAGUGCCCACAACUUUCAUCAAAUAUUUUCUGGGAGGCAGACAUAAUAAGUGGCCAGGUGACAACAUAUGUGGGCACACAAUUAGCUGAGGUUGUUAUAGUGCCUGCAGUGUUCCUUUAAUAAGCAACACAAUGUAUCCAUAUUUAGUUGAAACAUCACAUGAUACCUUGCUCCAAAAGAAAAAUAUAUAUUCCUAAAUUAAAGGUAUUUGUCUCAUAUUCAUCGGCACUCCUAAACAUAGGAAAAAUAAAAAAGUAUGCACAUUACACUUACUCCAUCAGUGCAAAUAAACCUAUCAAAUAGGAAAUUUCUCAAGACUACAAAUCGUUGUAAUCAAUUAGUCAUCACCAUAUGGAAAUUAAAGUUUUCAAUUGUAUUUAACUCCUACCUACGUAUUCCGAUACAGCAUUAUGACUAUUGCCUUAUAUAUGCAGAAAUGUAUGUUCAGCAAAAUACAUACAGAAAGAAUUACAAAUAAAAUAGAACAUACAAGCAUAAUAUUACAUAAAUAUCCUCAAUAUGAAUAACCCAUUAGAUCAAGGAAUGUUUAAAACAUACUCACAUAUAAAGUUUAUUCCCAAUACAUUUUUAAGUUGUUAAUUAAGUUGAUUUUCGAACAAUACACCCCCCCAGAGCGAUUCUUAUUAAACUUGAACCGUCAUUGCAUCAUCUUAACAUGAAACAUAACAUCACUAGAAAGGAUGAUGUUGCAUAGAUUCUAGAAUACAGUUGUACAUAAUAAACACCUACAAAAUAUUAAAAAAUAUAUAUAAAUGAAUGCAUAACAAAUUAAAAACAAUUAAAUGGAGAAGAUAAACCACAAAUCCGAAAAGGGGAAAUAGACAAAUGAAAGACUGCACUACAUUCAAAAACAGGAAAAGGCUCUAUCUUCAUUCAUAUAAUCGGGAUAAACUGCAUCCGAUUUGUAUAUCCAAUAGAAUUCCCAUUUUUCAUCAAUCCCACUUCACAUGUUUCAUUUUUGAAGUGUCGGGAAAUGGGCCAAUAUUAUAGAAACCAAUGUUUGUUCACACAGCUAUCAUUAAAUCUGAGUAGCGUGAAUGUCACAAUGUUUUGUUUAUAAAACCAAUGUUUGUGAUAGUAUUCAUUGAUAUUUUUUUUGCUUUCAAUAGAACUUCUCCCUACCCCAACCAAUGUUACCUUAAAAAUGAAUAUGUUUACUCUACACUGGGAAUGGGAGUCAAAUAACAUCAAUCCUGUUUGUGAAGUAAAGUACAACCGUGCAAUUAGUAAGCCAAAUGUAAGUUUUGCUUUUAUUUACUAUGCUUUUAAUUUGUUUCUAAAAUACAUACAAUAUUGUAUAUGUUUGUGGUUUUAGCAAGUGCGUAAUGCAUGUAAUUUCAACUGUAUGUUAUUUUAUAUAUGUAUAUAAGAAACAGUUAACACUGUAUACCGAUCGAUCAUCCAAACCAAAAUGUCCUUAGUCACCCCCUUCCAACACAAUGUGAAGAAGGACCAGUUCUUCACGCCCUUACUCUUAUGUGCCUUGUCCAUCUGCAAUAAUGUGUAUAAAAUAUUAAGUAGUUUAACCCCUUAAAACCGUAGGGCGCACUAUUACGCCCUAUUCUAAGCGGCCCUAAACGCCGCAGGGCGUAAUAGUGCGCCCUCCGGUUUUAAGGGGUAAGUAACAAAAAAACUUUGGCCAGUGUUUGUGACCAAAUGGCUACUAAAAAAGACUGGACAUAGCCCAUUUUCAAUACCUUGGGUUGUCUACUAUUGCAAAUGGUAUGCCAUUAUGGGUGUAAAUUUAAUUCCUGGGCUACUAUACAGUCUCAAAGGCAACGUAACCAAUCUGGCGAAUUUCAGUUUCAAAUAUAAUGUGCUAUAUUUGACCCUGUAACUUCCCAAAACACCAUAAAACCUGUACAUAAGGGGUACUGUUUUACACAAGAGAAUUUGCUGAAUACAAAUAUGUGUAUUUUAUUGCAAUAAAAGCAAACAGUAUUAUGACAUUGACAGUUAAAAUGUCACGUAGAACUAAAAACAUUUUUUUUCUUAUUUUCUCCCAUUUAUUUCAUAUUAAAUUAUGUUUCAUAGCUAAAUAUUUGAUAUUAAAUGAAAGCCCUGUUUCCCCUGAAUAAAAUGCUAUAGAAUAAGGGUGGGUGCAUUUAAUAUGAAAGAGGUGAAUUACGGUUGGACAGACAUAUAGCGCAAAUGCCAGGGUUUGUUUACGUUUUGUUUUGUUCACAACGUGUACAUUUGGCUCAGUCCUUAACCACUUAACGCCGUUACGGCUUUCUAUGCCGUCCUGGCUUUAAAGGGCUUUAAAGCUGCUGCGGAGGCAUAGAACGCCGUAACGGCUUUCCGCCCCAGGAGAUCGCAACUACUUACCUCCGCCGCGAUCCUCUUCUGGAGGCAGCCCUCCCCUGGCAAAUGAGGCCCCCGGGGGCCAUGUGAUCGCUCUCAAAGAGCGAUCACAUGGCCCCCUAUAGCUGGCUGUGGAUCUGCCAGCAGGGGGACUGUCUGAAAUAUCAGACAGUCCCCAUGCUGGUGGGUAGUGUAAAAAAAAAUCAUUAAAUAUGUUUAAAAAUAAAAUAAAUAUAUAUAUAUAUAUAUAUAUAUAUAUGUAACGUCAUACAGAGUGUAUUUUAAUAUUAAUAUAAGUACAUAUAUUAAUAUUAAAAUACACUUAGAAUGACGUUACAUAUAUAUAAUAUGUAUAUAUAUUAUAUAUAUACACAUAUAUUAUAUAUAUAUACAUAUAAUUACAAUAAAUAAAUAAAAUAAUAAAAUAAAUAAAUAGAAUAUUGAAACAAAAUUUUAUAUAAAUUAUAUAUUCAUAUGUAAUUUCAUUCUAACUGUAUUUUGUUAUUAAUAUAUAUAUAUAUAUUGGUAACAAAAUACACUUAGAAUGACAUUCUAUAUAUAUCUAUCUAUAUAUAAAAUACAAAUAACCGCAAAAAUAUAUAUGUAGAUAAAUACAUAUAAUUACAUAAAAGAUUACAUUAGUAUACACGUAGAAUUUAAAUACCUAUAAAUGCACAUAUAUAAAAAUUAUACGUGUAUAUUUAAGUAAUCUUUUAACAUAAUUAUGUGAUUUGAUUAAUUAACAUUUGAUUGACAUGCCUGACAACACACGGAGAAAGUGCAGAGAAUUUAAUUUGCAAGCACUAUAUUUGACCCUGUAACUCUCCAAGACACCAUAAAACCUGUACAUAGGGGGUACUGUUUUACUCAGGAGACUUCGCUGAACUCAAAUAUUAGUGUUUCAAAAUGAUAAAUUGUAUUACAACGAUGAUAUUUUAAGUAAAAGUGACAUUUUUUUGCAUUUUUUACAAACGAACAGCACUUUUAUGGACUAUAUUAUUGUUGUAAUAUGUUUUACUGUUUUAAAACACUAAUAUUUGUGUUUAGUGAAGUCUCCCGAGAAUAACAGUACCCCCCAUGUACAGGUUUUAUGGUGUUUUGGAAAGUUAGAGAGUCACAUAUAAGGCUUGCAUUUCAUUUUUUUGACAUUGAAAUUUGCCAGAUUGGUUAUGUUGCCUUUGAGAGCGUAUGGUAGCCCAGGAAUGAGAAUUACCCCCAUGAUGGCAUACCAUUUGCAAAAGUAGACAACCCAAGGUAUUGCAAGUGGGGUAUGUCCAGUCUUUCUUAGUAGCCACUUAGUCACAAACACUGGCCAAAAGUUAACAUUCAUAUUUGUUUUUGUGUGAAAAAAAGCAAAAAAAAUAAUAUUUGGCCAUCAUGGGGCUAAUUCUCAUUCCUGGACUACCAUACGCUCUCAAAGGUAACCUAACCAAUCUGACAAAUUUCAAUAAAAAAAAAAAAGAAGAAAAAUCAAGCCUUAUAUUUGACUCUGUAACUUUCACAAACAGUAUAAAACCUCUACAUGUGGGGUACUGUUAUACUCAGGAGACUUCGCUGAACACAAAUAUUAGUGUAUCAGAACAGUAAAAUGUAUCACAGUAAUAAUAUCAUCAGUGAAAGUGCCGUUUGUGUGUAACAAAUGCAAAAAAACAUCACUUUCAAUGACAAUAUCUCUGUGAUACGUUUUACUGUUUUGAAACACUAAUAUUUGUGUUCAGCGAAGUCUCCCGAGUAAAAGAGUUCCCCCCAUGUACAGGUUUUAGGGUGUCAUAGAAAGUUACAGGGUUAAACACAGUGCUAGCAAAUUAAAUUCUCUGGACUUUCGGCCUGGGUUGGCAGGCAGGUCCCGCAAAUUGCAAUCAUUAAAAUUACUUAAUUAGGUAAAAAUAUUACAUAAAUACGCACGUAGAAUUUUAAUAUAUAUACAUAUUUAUAUAUUUGACGUCUACGUGUAUAUUUAUGAAAUUAUUUAUGUAAUUAUGUAUAUGGACAUAUGUACAUUUCGUAUUAUUUUUAUUUAUUUAUUUAUACAUAGAUAUAUAUCAUUACAUUCUAAGUGUAUUUUGAUAAAUAUAUAUAUAUAUAUAUAUAUAUAUUAAUAUCAAAAUACUGUUAGAAUAAAUAUAUAUAUAUAAUUAUUUUUAAUUAUUAAAAAUUAUUUUUACUUUUUGUUAUUUAUUUUUAUUAACAUAUUAUUUAUAAUUUAUAAUAUAUAUAUAUAUAUACACAAUAUAUAUAGUUAUUAUAUAUAUUGUGUAUAUAUACAUGUGUAAUUUAAAUUAAAAGUGUAUUUUUAUAUUAAUAUACGUAUAUAUAAAUAUAUAAAUACACUUAGUAUGACAUAUAUAUGAUAUAAUACAUGUACAUAUCAUAUAUAUAUAUAUAUAUAUAUAUAUAUAUAUAUAUAUAUAUAUAUAUAUAUAUAAAUACAUAUUUAUUUAUUUUUUACACUGAUUGCUUUAUUUUUUUACUUUAUUUUGGAUUUUUCACUUGCAGGGAGACUGCCUGUCAGCACAGACAGUCCCCCUGCUGGCAGAUACACAGGCACCUAUUGCGGCCGAGUGAUCACGUGGCCGCGGGGUCCUGAUCUGCCGAGGGGAGACUGCCCGGGCAGACAGGCAGUCCCCCUGGACUGGAAGGAGCCCCCGGCGGCGAUCAGGUAAGUAGCCCCAGACCGUUAUGAUGGUUCAGGACCGUCAUCGGUCCCCAAGGGGAUUUUUCCAAUGACGGUCCUGAACCGUCAUCGGUCGUCAAGGGGUUAAGGGGUUAAAGCAUAUAAAUAAAGGGAUAGUUUCAUUUUGUUUUGAUGUUACCUGAACAGCUAUAACAACAUUGAUGUGACAGAAAAGCAACAGAGUGUGUCAAAGCCACACCUCUAUAUAUAACUGUACAAAAUUAAUGACUUAUUGUAAUAAUGAAACCGCUUCCUCUCGGGAUGUUCCAGACCUUAUCCUGUACAAAUAGAAUGUAUAUAUAAAUGGCAGAGGAGUAUAGCUGAUAGUCUACAGAAAAAAAAAACAAAAAAACAAUACAAUAGUAUAAUACUGUAAAUAAACAAUACAACUGUGCCAAUAUAAGUAGAACUCACAAGGUGUAAAUAAUAAGAUCGCGUUAGGGUGCCUCCCCUUAGAUGUUUGGGGGGUACAUCCAGAACUCCCUCUCAACUGGUUGGUGGUGUCGCCACAAUAUAGAAGUCUGGACUCAGAUAAAGGUAAAAACAAUCUGCUUUAUUUCAUACGUAUAAAAAGUAAAAAACAAAUAUGGUCCAACAUGUUUUGUCUAACAAAAGACUUCCUCAGGGACCCAAUAAUAAAAAACAAAUUGUAAAUGUAAAUAUAAAAGUGCUGUAUCCUGACAAAAUAGCAGCUUUUUUUAUUAUUGGGUCCCUGAGAAAGUCUUUUGUUUAAAGCAGGUAGCAGUUUACUUGAAAAAAAAAGAGUUCAUAAAAACAAGUAAUACAAAAUCCCAAAUUGGAGCAAGAUUGAACAUAAUGAACUUUGGAGCACACACAGAAUACCACACUGUUUGGACAGAUCUGUCUCCUUCCCUGGAUUAGCCCAAAUUGCCAUUUCACAAAUGUGCAUUCAGUGAUUUGAGAGAUCUUUGCCCAUGGCCUGUUUAAAAACUGUGAGCUGGGCUGUGUAUAAGAGCAGAUGUUAUAUGGCUUCUAACCAAUUAAGGUGCAAGUAACGUGUAAGACUGCUUGCUUCAUUUUGGGAUCUUGUAUUACCUGCCACUUUAUUGGUAUUUAUUAUUUUAUUUUUUUAUUAACUGCUACCUGAUUUGAACUUUUAUUUACUGUUGUUUUUUUAUUGCUAUUAGACAAUGUGUACUUGAUUUAAUAAUUUAUCAGACUGUGCAUAUAGUGCUAUUUAUUUUUUUUGCAAUUGUGUCUUGCUAGUUUUUUUUUUAUCAGAUCAUGGUCACAUUAUCUGUUUCCUUACUGGUUAUUGUGUGUGUGUUUUAUACUGUUUAUUUUUCUUUUUGCUAUCUUUUUUAAGAUGAUGGACGGACAGUCACUCACAGUAAGGGCUGAAUGCGUGUGAAAGCUGUGCUCUUCUUAGGGUGGAAUGAGUAAGUGGGUCAUCAAUUGACCACUGACUUUUUCCUUAAAUUUUUUUGUAACAUUCCCUUUUUUAAUUUUAAAUGACAUUUCCUGCAGCUGCUCCCCAUUUGUCCCCCGUUUACCUUUUUUCAUUAAUGCAACAUUGCAAAAAAAAUAAAACUAUUCUUCUCAAGUCAAUUAAUCUCUCACUUGUUUCUUUUUUAAAUAGAGAUUAAAUAAUUUCAGUUGACAAUUUAGAAUUGACAUUGCAAAACUGGUUGAGAUUGCAUAGCCAUUAGUCUUUUUUUGCACUCCCUGCUCUAGAUAUGCAUAUUUUUUUACAAAUUAUACUAGUCCAAACAUUAAACAGAGAACUCUCAAAUUAAUAUUUUUGCCAUUGAAGGGACACCAUAGGCACCCCGACUACUUAAUUUCAUUGAAGUGGGUACACUGUCAGUGCCCCCUUCAGUUCUGCAAUGUAAAACAUUGCAGUUUCAGAGAAGGUUUGACUCCUUGAAACGACACGGUAUGCCCUCACAUUGUGCAUAAGGGCAUCCAGCGUCAAGAAAAACUACAUAGGAAAGGCAAUGCUUUGCUAUGGGGAAGGCCUAAUGCAUGCAUGGAGUUCGCCGCAAAUGCACAUUAGGACCACCCAUUACUGAUGUUAGAGGAGGCUGAGCGCAACCCAGUGCAGAGGGACAUUGUAGCUGGAAUUGGGUAAGUGAAUAAAGGGUUAUUUAACCUUUUAAAUCGCUGGAGGGGAGCCUCGGGAGCAGAGGAACAUGUCAGUGUUAGGAAUACAUCUUUGCAUUCAUAACACCAAAGUGUUCCUUUAAUAUUCCCAGUGGAUUAGAGGCUGUCGAAGAACACGAAACAUACAGCUACUCAGACAACUAAUCUGGCCGUGAUCUGAACCAGCCGUGCUAAAUACAAAGAAUAUGUUAUUGGGCUAAUUAGCUGACAAAGAAUAGAAUAGUGGGAACUAGUGACGAAGCAAAACAUUUGUUGAAAUCUAACAAUAAUUUAGAUGAGAUAGUUUGUAAAAUCAAUGAAUAGGCUGGAAUUGUCACUUUUACUUCCUACGAUCUGAAAAUGUACUGCAUAUUGUUAAUACUUUUUUAGUAGGACGUCAGUCUGUCUGGGUAGAUCCCCAGUUGUUUUAAAACUACAACUUCCAUAAUGAUAUGACAUUCUAAAAACAUUCUAAAGGCAUGCAAAGAAUCAUGGGAGUUGUAGUUCUACAACAUCUGAGUAUCUACCUUUGGGCACCACUUUAUGGCCUAAAGCAUAUUUUUAUUUGAUUACUAACUCUCCCCCUGUCAUAGCUACUUAUUAGCCCCCGUGUCUCAUGGGUUGUUGACUGUUUGUUGUCCCUAUAUUCGGAUUACCAAUAAACACAUCCAUUGGAUUUGUCUAUUUCUCUCUUUGUUGCCCGGAUUGAUUUCUUGCUAAUAUUUAUCAUAUUUAGCUCCAAAAAUAGCAUUCUAAGAAAGAAGCUUCCUGGUUCCUGAUAUACUAUACUGCCGAUACCAGCGCCUCCUACGUGGUGUUUUCUGGUCUUACAUUUUAGGCACUGAAGUUAUUUCCUCCCCAGUUGCAUUAUCAGUUAAUUGAUACAUGGUAUUGUGUCCUUUUUUAACGUAGAAUCACUACUGUCAGUAUGCAGGAAAACCCACAAAACCUCAUCUGCUGCUUUACAGUGUCUCCGGACAGUCAUUUCAAGCUUUCAAUGUCAGCAUUACACUAUAACAGUAAUGAUUGGGUUCGCUUUAAUUGCAGCACCGUAACUUGCCAUUCUGCUUCACGAAUAUAUCAUACCACCUUUCAGAAAAUAGCUUCCCAUAGUUAAAAUGUCCUGUUAUUACAUAUAUUUUCUGGUAGCAUCUAUGUUUGGUCCUAAAUGCAUUUCACAAACUUGUCUAUAAUGUGCUAGAUGGUUUGGUAAUUCUAAUCAUUCAUUUUCAAAUCCUCAGAACCCCAAAAUGUGCAGAAAUAAAUCACUAUUUCAAGACGAGGACACCAAAGAAAUUGAUUUAAAUGUAUGGAUCAAUUUUACAGUUUAUAGUGAAUGUCCUCAGAACGGACUAAAAAGUAAAGAGACGCAGUUAUCCACACUGUUGGUAUCAGGUAAGUAAAUUGUUAGUAAAUUAUAACCUCUAUAGAGUUUGACCCCAAUGGUGUUAACAAAUACCGAUUUUUAACCCCUGAAGGAAACAUGAUUCCCUUUUAUUCCAGAAGUUUGGUCCUUAAGGGGUUAAGGAAUGCAUAAAAGGGUUCAAAGCUAGAAAAGAACUUGGGGUCACAUGCUUUUAAAAAGAGGUUUUUGUUAUUUGGUAAAGAGAUACAAGUAACCAAUGAAAGAAAAAGUGUAAUCUUUGUGGAGAUUUUUGUAUAUAUAUAUAUAUAUAUAUAUAUAUAUAUAUAUAUAUAUAUAUAUAUAUAGAGAGAGAGAGAGAGAGAGAGAGAGAGAGAGAGAGAGAGAGAGAGAGAGAAAGCAUUCCACAUAAGAGCUUUAGAGGAUUAGCAGAAUGAAAUACGGAUCACUGUAAAGGUUAUAGUGCUGUGAGUACUUUGCACCCUCUAUUAACUGAGAGCAACGUCAUUGGAGAUAUUUUUGCUUCCUCCUUUGCCACGCACUAUUUGGACACAUUUGUCUCCUUUCCUGGAGGUAGCCCAAGCUGCAGUCUCACACGUAUGACUUAUUUAUAAAUAAGUCGAUUUGGCAUGGACGUAGGGCAGCAGGUAAAAGGACCUGCAGAAUAUUGAAUUAAUCCUGUUAACAAGGCACAGCCAGCACACCAUGCUUUUAUCAAUCUGUUCAGUCACGUAGUUCUUCUCUUUCCUGGGAAUGCUUGGGUUACCCCACCAGUGCAAGUUACCUAUUAAACCCAUGUUCUACAUUCCACUGUGUUCAGUGAUGUUAAUCCCUGCAGAGUAUCCACUGUGGAGUCUCUGUAACCAGUUACUAAGAUGUCACCUUCUAUUCUUCCUAUCUGCAACGAACAUGAGUCUGAUGAGAGGUACCGUAUAUACUCGAGUAUAAGUCGACCCGAAUAUAAGCCGAGACCCCUAAAUUUACCACAAAAAACUGGGAAAACUUAUUGACUCGAGUAUAAGCCUAGGGUAGGAAAUGCAGCUGCUACUGGUAAAUUUCUAAAUACAAUUAGACCCCAAUAAAAUUACAUUAAUUGAAUCUGUAUUUACAGUGUGUGUAUAUAUGAAUGCAGUGUGUGUGUUUGUGUAGUGUGUGUGUAUAUAUAAUGAAUGCAGAGUGUGUGUGUAUAUAAUGCAGUGUGUGUAUAUAAUGCAGUGUGUGUUUAUAAUGCAGUGUGUGUUUAUAUGAAGGCAGUGUGUGUAUAUAAUUAAUGCAGUGUGUGUUUGUAUGAAUGCAGUGUGUGUAUAUAUGCAGUGUGUGUGUGUGUGUGUAUAAUGAAUGCAGUGUGUGUGUAUAUAAUGCAGUGUGUGUUUAUAUGAAGGCAGUGUGUGUAUAUAAUUAAUGCAGUGUGUGUUUGUAUGAAUGCAGUGUGUAUAUAUGCAGUGUGUGUGUGUGUGUGUGUAUAUAAUGAAUGCAGUGUGUGUGUAUAUAAUGCAGUGUGUGUAUCUAAUUAAUGCAGUGUGUGUUUGUAUGAAUGCAGUGUGUGUAUAUAUGCAGUGUGUGUGUGUGUGUAUAUAAUGAAUGCAGUGUGUGUGUAUAUAAUUCAGCACACCAUGCUUUUAUCGAUCUGUUCAGUCACGUAGUUCUUCUCUUUCCUGGGAAUGCUUGGGUUACCCCACCAGUGCAAGUUACCUAUCAAACCCAUGUUCUAUAUUCAAACCCAUGUGUAUAUAAUGAAUGCAGUGUGUGUGUUUGUGUAGUGUGUGUGUGUAUAUAAUGAAUGCAGAGUGUGUGUGUAUAUAAUGCAGUGUGUCUAUAUAAUUAAUGCAGUGUGUGUUUGUAUGAAUGCAGUGUGUAUAUAUGCAGUGUGUGUGUUUAUAUGAAUGCAGUGUGUGUAUAUAAUUAAUGCAGUGUGUGUAUAUAAUUAAUGCAUUGUGUGUGUGUAUAUAAUUAAUGCAGUGUGUAUAUAAUGCAGUGUGUGUGUAUAUAAUGCAGUGUGUGUUUGUGUGAAUGCAGUGUGUGUAUAUAAUGCAGCGUGUGUAUAUAAUGCAGUGUGUGUGUGUGUGUUUGUGUAGUGUGUGUAAACUGGGUGAGGGGAGUGUGCGUGUAUAAUGCAGUGUGUAUAUAAUACAGUGUGUGUGUGUAUAAUGUAGUGUGUGUAUAAUGUAGUGUGUAUAUAAUGCAGUGUGUGUAUAUAAUGAAUGCAGUGUGUGUGUAUAUAAUGAAUGCAGUGUGUGUGUAUAAUGCAGUGUGUAUAUAAUGCAGUGUGUGUUUGUGUGAAUGCAGUGUGUGUAUAUAAUGCAGUGUGUGUUUGUGUGAAUGCAGUGUGUGUUUGUGUGUGUGUGUAAACUGGGUGAGGGGAGUGUGUGUGUGUAUAAUGUAGUGUGUGUGUGUGUAUAAUGCAGUGUGUAUAUAAUGCAGUUUGUGUGAAUUCAGUGUGUAUAUAAUGCAGGGUGUGUAUAUAAUGCAGUGUGUUUGUGUGAAUGCAGUGUGUGUGUGUGUGUUUGUGUAGUGUGUGUAAACUGGGUGAGGGGAGGGCAUUUUUAUUACUGAAUUUUUUUAGAUUGUAUUAUUAUUUUAAUAUUAUUAUUAUUUUAUUUUAAUAUUAUUUUAAUAUUAUUAUUAUUAUUAUAUUUUAAUAUUAUUAUUAUUAUUAUUUUAAUAUUUGUAUUAUUUUUUAUUUAAUUGUUUUUUUGUCCCCCCUCCCUGCUUGUUGCCUGGCCAGGAAGGGGCUAUGUUAUGUCCAGUGGAUGGGCUGUGCAGUGGGGGGGCUGGCAUCGCGCUGUUACCUUUCUUUGUAGCAGCUCCGGUCAGCUCCCUUCACCUCCGUGCAGCUCCCCUGACAGCUCCGUUCUGCUCCCAGUGUAAAUCUCGCGGUCUGCGUGCCGCGCGGUGCCGUGGCAACCCUCCGAUGGUCGCGGGUGUCGCGAGAUUUAAACUGGGAGCUGCACCGAGGUGAAGGGAGCUGACAGGAGCUGCUGUAAAGGUAAGUAACAGCUCGCUGCCAGCCCCCAACAAGACCGCCGGGCUUGUAAUGAGCCCCGCGGUCCUGGUCUGUAUUAUGGCAAUGUAAGUUGCCAUAAUACAGACAUUGACUCGAGUAUAAGUUGAGUGGGGGUUUUUCAGCACAAAAAAUGUGCCGAAAAACUUGUCUUAUACUCGAGUAUAUACAGUAUAUUAAAUGUAUGAAUUAAAAUGUAUGUGUAUUUAGUAGGGACAGUCUCUAUUUUAGGCCCAAGUCCCUCUGUUCUGUCCUAAUGCUCCUCCUUUCUAAAAGCUUCAUAUUGGUGUAUCUGAGUGUAUAACAGAGAUCAACAGCGAUAAUACAGCCAGUAAUGUGUCUUUAAACUACAAUAAAUGUGUUAAGAAAUCACUCUGUGUCAAUAGGAUCACACUAUUCUUGUACUAAAUGUCAUUUUAGUUGCGUGGAUUGUUUUCAGUAAGUCACCGAACAUGUUUUAGAAUGUCCCUGCCCCUGGACAUACCACACCCCUAAAAUUAAAGUGUCCCUCUUUGUCCAUUUGUAAUGUUGGGAGGUAUGCUGCUGUUAGUAUAUUUGUAAAUGCAAAUGUAUGGGUACAUUUCAAGAGCUUUGCAGGUGGGCUGAACUUGAUGGAUGCAUGCCUCUUUUCAGCCUAUAACUAUGUAACUAUGUAAAUAUAUAAGGUGUCCUGGUGUACUAGUAAACUCUUUGGAAUGGUAUUAUGUUGCAAUCUGCAUCCUGAUUGGCAGAUUAUAUGCUUCCUGGUGAUUUAUUCUCUCCCUGGAAUUUGCAUACCAGUGAGUGCCAGAUUACCAGUUACAUACUGUCUGACGGAUUUGGAGAUUGUUGAGAAGAAUAUUGAACUAGGAAGAAUAUAAAUAAAAAUGAGCAGAGUCUCCGUUUAUAGAAUUGGUCUGAGCCAUGCUAUUUGAGUGCAAAUAUGCAUGCAGGAUUAUUCAUUACAUUUAGAAUUUAAGUUGAAUUCAAAGUGAAUUCCAAAUUUAAGGCCAGAGUAUCUGAACUGAAAGCAUAGCCGAUUUAGAUAAUUCCACUCCAAAAUAUAAUAUAUGAAAGUGGUAACAAAAAAUUGUACUCAUCCAAAAGUUAAGUGUCAGCCUCCCUUGGAUCACCCCCAGUCGGCGAUCCUAUAUCAACAAAAGUAUAUAUACAAAGCAAAGGUAACCAGCUGAUAAUCUAAAAAGAAAGGAAUAUACAAAACAUAGUGUGAAACCACAUAAAUUGAAUUAUAUACGCGGUUAUCAAAAGUACUCACAAGAUAGUAGCGUAAUCAGGCAUGUAUAAGGUGAUAUUAUCCACUCCUCCGGAUGUUCACCACUAACAUUCAGGGCUCCAGGUAAUAGGUUGAAGAAAAGCAGCAUUAAUCGGUAUAGCAUAAAAUCUUCAAAACAAUAAUAAAUGUAUGAUCGGUCCGAUGCGUUUCGUCCUUAAAAUUUAAGACUUCCUAAGGGACCAUGCAAUAAAAACGAUGACAACAUUUACAAAUGCAGCAAACAAGCAGCCUAACAACCCCCUCCCCUGAGUCUCUUAAAUAGUGCUAAUCCCUAAAUUCACCAGUGCGCAUUUUCCUUCUUCUGAUUGGUCGUGUGUUUGUCUCAAUCACCUGUUGUGGUAGUGCAAUUUCUCCUUGUUUCUCACAGCUGUUGUUUUCAUUUUCAUCCUUGUAGCUGGAGGUGGUAUGCUUUCCAAAGAUUCACAUCCGUAUGUUCCAUGUGGCCGGAAGUGGUAUACGUUUCAAAAGUUACUUCCGUGCGUUCCACCUGAUGUUGAUAUGCGUUCCAUCAUGAUUCAAAUGUCCAGGCAAUCACAUAUGAUACAGUGAUUAUAAAGCCCCUUACUGGAUAUUAUCAUGAAGAAAAAAGCUAUGCUAGAAAGAAAAGACUAUUUAGUUAUAAUAUGUGACUUAUUAAAAACAUAUAAAUAGUCUUUCUGUGAUCCAUAGUGCUGUAAAUCAACCUCUAUAUAUCAAUUAAGUUUUAUUUAGAAGUAAAAAUUAUAUUAUAAGCGGUAUCUAAAUUAACAUAGCUUUCAAAAGUGAUGUACAUUUUAAUUGGAUGUCUCUUUUGUCAUGUGAUAAGUGCCUCACCAGUUGUAAUCUGUAUACUAUAUAAGAAAAUUAAAUUUAUACAAAAAUGAAAAUAAAAAAUAUGAAUAAUAAACAUUUAUACAUAAUAUAUAGUAGCCACACAUAUCCACCCUAAUUUCCCUUCCUUCCAUCCUUUAUUUAUAUACUGUAAGGAGUUCCCUUUGGAACUUAAAAUAUAUCCAAUGUAAUCAAGAGAAAUAAUGAUAGUUAAAAAUGGUAAGAUAAUAAUAAUGAAUUAAUAAUAAUGAUGGACUAAGAACAAGUAACAUUAAGGGCUAGGGUGAAAGAAAAUAAAUAUUUCAACAUUUUUUUUUUUAAUUCUUUAUUUUUGUUGUGCAUGCGAAAGUACAAAAUUUGCACACUAUACAAAUAUAACAAAGAGUGGGUUUGUCACAUAUAGACAGUUGUACAUAGAAUUCAGCACAUUUUUAUAAUAAGACGAGCAUCGUGCAUAUUCAAAAAGACAUAGCAAGGUUUGAGUAAAUGGUGGGAUAGGUAAGUGUUAAGUGAUAAACCACCAGGUUGUGACAACUUUUGCUUUGGCAUAAUAAGUGACACUAGAGUGAUAAAAUUGAGAAAAUUAAUAAAAUUAGUUGCAAUAUAGACUCAGAAAGCAAAGUGAAAACUAUAACUAAAAUGUCUUUCUUUACGCUUAGUAAGCCGUGACUGUGGGGUCAGACUGAGAGUUGGAAAUUUAAGCCAAUAUUACAGGUAUGCCUUACUUGUGGGCAGAUCUGUCUUCUAGGCACCAAUCACCUUCAUAUGGUUUUUUAUAGUUAAUGAAUUCUAUAUGUUAUUUUGUGCUAGGGAGAUACAGGCAUAUGUGAAGUGGCACUGCAGCACGCGCUGCAAGUAGGUAACCAUCGCUCGAUUUAGCACUUGGAGUCCGCUCAUUGUGUAAUCUUGUUAAAACAAGCUAGGCAUAGUCGUAGGUAUGUAGCGGUGAGAUGAUGUGGCAGACUCAUGUCAAUAUUUUGUUAUGAGACAGUAGAUUAAGUGUUAGCUGGUCUAGCCAACAUCGGAACCGUGUCUGCAUGUUAGGUUAGGGUAAGUAACUACAGGUAGCUGGUAACCCCAACAGGCGUAUAGAGCUAUCACAUGCAUCUCUAUGUAAGUGGCUGGGUUGCAGGCUGUUCUUAUAUGUCUGAGUGUUAGCUGGUUUAGAAGCUGUUACUGUGGAGACCAUAGUGUGUUAGAGCGUCUAGGCAAGGCUGAACAUGUGUUAGUCCUAGUUAAUGGUGUGUAAUGUGGACAGCAAUACAUCUUUUCCUAUGUGGGGAAUAUUUCAACAUUUUAAACAUUCAGAGGUUAACAGGAAACAGACGCGAUACACGUCUACAUUUAACUCAUUGGGUUUCAGAGUCUGUAGUUUGUGGAUCCAGUAGGUCUCCCGUUGUGAAAGUCUCUUGACCUGAUCACCCCGUUCCAAUGGGGCAAGACCUUUUCAAUCCCAAUACACUUAAAGUUACUAAAAGAGAAAAAUGGACAGUUGUUACAAUGGAUUAGGACACAGUGUGUUAUAAGACCAUUUUUGAUGUUAUUAAUAUGUUCCAUUAAUCUUAUUUUGAGUAUUCUUUUAGUUCGGACUACAUAUUGUUUGCCACACAGACACUGCAGUAAAUAAACGACAAAGUCCAUGCAGCAUCCAAUGUCCGAUCUGAUUUUGAAAGACUCACUGGUAACAAAAUUAGUAAAUUGAUCCGUUCUCUCUAUAUAUACUGUAUGGCAUGUCUUACAGGAAUUACAACCCCUAAAAUAACCUCUACUGGAAUUUGUGGUGACUUUUUUAUCCCGAUGGCAUUACUGGGUUCUAAUAAAUUUUUAAAAUUCUGAUUUUUUUUUUUCUGUAAAAAAGUCUAGGAUGUUCUCCUAAGGAGGAGUUAAGUAUGGUGUCCUGUAAGAGAAUAGACCAGGAUUUCUGUAGACCCCUCUUUAUUUUUAAAUGAUCUGAAUUAUAUUGCGUUUUGAAAGCAAAACCAAAGAGGUCCAUUUUUCUCUUUUAGUAACUUUAAGUGUAUUGGGAUUGAAAAGGUCUUGCCCCAUUGGAGCUGGGGUGAUCAGGUCAACAGACUUUCACAACGGGAGACCUACUGGUGAGACUCUGGUGAGAUUCUGGAGUUAAAUGUAGAUGUGUAUCACGUCUGUUUCCUGUGAACCUCUGAAUGUUUAAAAUGUUGAAAUAUUUAUCUUCUUUCACCCUAGCCCUUAAUGUUACUUGUUCUUAGUCCAUCAUUAUUAUUAAUUAAGUGUUCUUGCAUAGCAAGACCACUUAUUGUUAUCUCACAUAUAUAUUAUUAUUCUUAUUAUAGCCAAAUUUGCCACCCUAACUCCUCCCACAGUUUUUACACUACAUAGACAAGAAUUUACCAAAACGUGCAGAUUGUUCCCGAUCGGAUUGCUAUUACUUUGUGGAACGUUUCGCCGAAUGGUUCACGGAAUAUCGUCGUUCUUGUGGCGAAAUUUGUCCCAUAGGAAUGAAUGGCAAAGCUAGAGUGGGAGCUGGCAAAAGCUGAAAAAUCAGGACAUGAUUUCUAAGCUGCCACCACUCCCUUAUUUUCAGGCCCACCUACACAAAUCUUAUAUCAAAACGUUCAGCUAUCCCUGCUGCCACUAAACAUGUCAACGGCUAAGCCGUAGUCCUGAUAGUUUUCACAAUAUAAUCAUUUGUUUGCAACUAACGCCGUCCAUUGACUUUCAUUGAAACUUCACUCUGCAAAGCUCAAGUUUGAAGUGCAAUUUCUAAACUGCGACUGUGCCUUCAUUUUUAAUACUUCAGAGACAUACUAUGCAUCAAAAUAUAGGUCUGGGUCUUGUGAUUCUCACAAUAUAAAGCUCUUCGCUGUAAGAUUUAUAGUUUUUAAAAUACGACCGUUUGAAGAUGGCAACCGCCAAAAUACUCUGACCUGUGCCAGGCUGCAGCAGCAAGUGAUGUCAUAGACAGGGCCUUUUGAACACCUGCUAAUGUUUUUAUAAAUGUAUGGUUUAAUGUAACUGUGCAACAACGUUGCAAUUAAAUGUACUAUAUAAAUGAUAAGUUACUCCGCCCACUCCAGUUGUAGACUACUGGUGGAGGCAAGAACACUUCACACAAUUUCCCCAGAAAUUGUAGCUUUUCUAGGUCAUUAUUAUUAUCUUACCAUCUUUAACUAUCAUUAUUUCUCUUGAUAACAUUGGAAACAUCUUAUGAUCCAAAGUGAACUCCUUAGAGCAGCGGUUUCCAAAGUGUGGGUUGUUACCCAGUGGGUCGCGCUGACCCACACAUCCAGGGCCGCAGGGGACUCGGGCAAGCAGACUGACACCAGGAGGGAGCCCGGCGGCUUGCACUGGAUGCCGCCGGGCUCCCUCCAAUCAGUCUGCUCAGCACCUCCGGUCUGCAGCUCUGCACCCGGCGGAGCUCAUACUGGAGAGUUAGCCCACUGGACCACCAGGGAGACACUGGACCACCAGGGAAUUCAGGUAGAACACAGACCCCAGACAUCCCCCUCCCCCCAUGUAACCCCUUCACCUCCUGCCCCCCAUGUAACCCCUUCACUCCCUGCCCUCCCCAUGUCACCUCUUCACUCCCUGCCCUCCCCAAUGUAACCCCUUCCUCCCUGCCCUCCCCAUGCCAACCUCCUUCACUCCUGCCCUCAUGUAACCUUCCUCCCUGCCCUCCCGUAACCCCUUCACUCCCUCCCCCAUGUAGCAACCCCUUCACUCCCUGUUCUCCCCUCGCAAACCCCUUCCUCCCUGCCCUCCCCACACUGUCAACCUCUUCCUCCCUGCCCUCCCCCAUGCCAGAUUUACACCACUAUGGAUCCAGAGAGGCUGUUUUUAUUUUUUAAUGUCACACAUUAUAUCUUAAUAGUCUUUUCUUUCUAGCACAGCUUUUUUCUUGAUGAUAAUAUCAGUAGGGGCUUUAUAAUCACUGUAUCAUAUGCAAUUGCCUGGACAUCUGAAUCACAAUGGAGCAUAAAUCAACAUUAGUUGGAGCGCCGGAGUAACUUUUGAAAUGCAUACCACUUCUGGUCACAUGGAAUCUGAGGAAGUGAACCUUUGGAAUGCAUACCACUUCCAGGCAACACAGACAAAAAUUUAAACAGCUGUGAGUCACAGAGGAGAAAUUGCACUACACAACAGGUGAUUGAGACAAACACGCGACCAGUCAGAAGGAAGACACCCACUGGAUCACUGGUGAACUUAGGAAUUAGCCCUAUUUAAGAGACUCAGGGGAGGCGGUUGUUAGGCUGCUUGUUUGAUGCAUUUGUAAAUUUUGUCAUCGUUUUUAUUGCAUGGACCCUGAGGAAGUCCUAAAUUUUAAGGACGAAACACGUAGGAACGACCAUACAUUUAUUAUUGUUUUAAAUAUUUUAUGCUAUACUGAUUAAAGCUGCUUUUUUUUCAACCUACCACCUGGAGUCCUGAAUCUUUCUGGUGAAUGUCUGGAGGAGUGGAGAAUAGACCCCACCAUCAUCUGGGGAGGCACCUUAUACAUGCCGGAUUACGCUACUAUCUUGUGAGUGCAUUUGAUAACAGCGCAUAUAAUUCAAUUUAUGUGUAUUCACACUACGUUUUGUAUAUUCCCUUAUUUUUAGAUUAGCAGCUGGUUCCCUUUGUUUUGCAUGUAUAUUUUUACCUUAAAUUUGAAACUCACUUUGAAAUUCAUCUUGAAUUCUCACGUUAGUGAAUAACUCUGAUAGUCUAUCAGUUAUAAUACACGACAUAUAUAUUCAUCAGUACUAUAUUCACCAUGUGAUACCACUGUGUUGCUUGUAUGUAGGUUUUAAUUAUUAUCCAACAAUUUGAUUAUUGCAUCUAAUUAUAAAGAAUCCAUUGAUAGUGACCGCAAAAAAGUCUGAAUUGCUUAAUCUGUAAUACUGCUCAAUCAGUGUGUAGCUUUUUAUUUUUAAUUUAAAUUCUGUUAAACUGUUAGGUGACAGGGGCUCCUUAAACAUUAAAACAAUGAUAAUCUAUAAAUUAAAAAUAUUGCUGAAAAAGGGUAUCAUUUUCUUCUUAACAGGAAAUCCAAAUACUGCUGUAAGAAAUUUCAACUGUGUGUGGUACAAUAUGGAGUACAUCAAUUGCACAUGGUUACCCGGAGAAAAAGCAACUCCCAAAGUUAACUACACCUUGGUUUACUGGUUAGUACUAAAUAAAGUCUUCUAAAUUAUUCCAUGAAAUUUUAGCCUUAAACCAGAAAAAAAUACUCAUAUCUUGUACAUGUUAGUCAUGGACUUUAAGUAUUUUGAAGGUUUGACUUCUUAUCUGGGGUCCGCUGGGUAUCACUACAAGCUUCCACAAUAGCUUCUGUUAGCUCUCCUGUUACCUCAUUGGCUCUUAGAGCAUCAGCUGAUCGAGUGAGAUAUAGUGUUUAUCGUGCUUAGAAUGUUCUUUUAAGAAAUGUUUUGAAUUUCCAACUGUAAAGUGCAUUGCGUGACUGUGGAUGUGACUAAAGUACAGUUGUAGCAUGAAGUAGCUAAUUACUGCUGUGAAUAAUGUGCAAAGCAUGUCAUAAACAAAACUAAUAAUUUAACUGACAAUUUAUUUCAUCAUAUAAAACCAGUAGAUGAUAAGCAAAUAGUUUAAUGAUUAUAAAUAUCAUGCCAUUAGUGAAAAUAGAUUUUAUAAGGUCUUCAAGAACAAAAACAUUUGCACUCACCCGUUCGAAAAUCCAUCUAUCUAAGAUCAAGGAGGAAGGAAAAGGGUGGCGGAAUGAAGUGCAGUAAAGCUGUGGGAAGGAGACGAGGCAUAUUAUGCUACAUUGUUAUGAAUCAGAUGUUAAAAGAUCAAUUGGGUACUUAGCUCAUGAGAAAACAUAUAAAAGCCUGUAAAAUGCACUUGUGAGUAUAUAAAACCCAUUAGAAAUAAUGCUUUUAAAAAAUGUUUGUUUUUUACAUGGGAGUUUGGUCACUAUUUUCUCAUCCGCACUGUCCUUAGAAGAAUAUCUAUUAAGGGGUUAAAUAGAAAUAUGGAACAAUUUAAAGCGGCACUGUCAUGCCGAACUUUCCUUUCCCCAAUAGAUUCCUCUUCUCUCCCUCUGUCAGGAUCUGUUCUUCAUUUCUUCCUGUCUGCUCUAGUUUACUUUAAAACAUAAGACAAAGUAGGGACUAUUUGCCUUAUAGAGGUUUCCCUUAGUUACCCCCCACCCAAAACUUUUUUAAUAAAGACCUACCUACCCCUCUCUCCCUAAAAAGAGUGAGGAGGGGACAAGAAAAUUAAAUACCUGUAAAUAAAAAAUAACUUACCAUUUGAUGUCUUCUUUUUUCUAAAAUCUUCUUUUUUCAGCCCCAAAAAAGGCCAAAUAAAAAUCCAUAAUACCCAUCGCAACGGUAAAAAAACAAACCCAAAAAAACUAGAGCGCAAAAAAAAAAAAAAAAACAGACGCUAAAAAUGUAAUCCAUCUUCACCCAUCAAGGGCAUAACACAGACUGAGCUCUGCAGGGCGGGGAAAGGCUUAUAAGCCUUCCCAUGCCCUGCAAUUUGAUUAGAGCACUCUGAUUGGUUGAUUCCAAGCCAACCGAUCAGAGUGCUCUGAUAGGUAAAUGAAGAGACUGACAGGUAAGUUUCUACAUUUACCUGUCAAAGUACUCUGAUUGGUUGGCUUGAAAUCCAACCAAUCAGAGUGCUCUGUGUCAUUUUACACAGCAUGGGAAAGUUCUUUGGAAUUUUCCCAUGCUGUGUAAUUUGACUCAUAACACUGUGAUUGGUUGCUUUUCAUAUUGAAAGCAUAGUCAUUUAGGGCCCCCACCCGCUGCUCACAGGUGGGGGUCAGGGGGGUACAAUAGGUCAUGACAGUGCCGCUUUAAGUAACAUUGGAACGCCUGGUUAGGUAAUUCACCAAAAUAUGAAAUAUCAGGAAUUCAAAAAGAAUUCAAAGUGAAUUUCAUAGUUUAGCCCUAAAUAGCUGAAUUAGGAAAAUCAUCCAAGUCAGCAAUGCUUUCACUUUGAGUAGUUUGUCCUUAAUAACACUGUGUGAGAACUAUAAUUGUGGGCCUUCCAACAGUCCCACAUUCGGCGAGACAUCAUCGAUUUUGGUGUCCUGUCCCGUCCCGUCUUUGCUUUGUACAGUGGGAACUAGACCAUGCAGGGAGCACUUCAGCAGCACUCCCUGCAUAGUCCCGAAGUUUGGGGGCAAGCCAGGCAAGAUGUCAGAGGGAAGGGUAAGUCUUUUUCCAGACUGGAUUGCAGACCACGUAAAUAGUGACGGCCACUCAACCUGACUCUGCAGCCCAGGAUGUUUGGAAGUAUUGAAUCGUGACUCAAGCACUCACUGAUGAUGUACUUCUUACAGUGCUCAGACUUAUAGUACUAAAUGACUGGCAUGCAAGUGUUAAUUUAACAUUUAUCUCCAAUUAUUUUCAGGUUACAAAAUGAAAGUUCUAAAGAGGAAAAAAAAGUGCCUCAUUCUCGGCUGUAAGUAAUAAGUAAACUAUAUAUAUUGGAAGGUGUGUCUUUUGUGAAUGUAUGUAUAUGUAUGCAUCUCAAUAAUUUAUUUUGGCAUUGGAGUGAAAGUGAACUUAGCCCCAUGUAUAUUUCUUAAAACAGAGGGUUGCCAAAGGCAAAAGGUCAUAGGUAAGAAAUAUCAGCAAUCUAGUUCCUUUAGAUUGUAAACUCACCGGUUAUCUUGCUAAGUACUGUUCCCUCUGUGUUUAUUUGCUCUAUUGUACAGCACUCUAGAAUAUGUUGGCACUAUAAAAAUAAUAAUAAUGAAACAAGAUUGUGCCUCACACCUGGAAUAAAUACAAAUAGUAUCUGAAAUGAAGCAUAUAGAAUCAAGUGCAUUUAAACAUUAUUUUUGCUAUUUUUCUCUGAUACAAAAAUAUUUAUUGGACAAGUAAUGCAUGUGGUUGUAGAUGAAUCUUAUUAGUACAUUUCAUAGAUUGCUAAUACUUAUAAGAUUCAGAAAUUGUUAUGGCAUAAAUUGAGAUUACGUAAUGUUUACUAAUAAUUCUAGAAAGAGUUUAAGCAAUCUAUAUGACUUUUUAAGGCUGUUCAUCCCCUCGAGCUGCUUACUAAGGGGUUGCCGUAAGGUGAGUGAUCUGACAGAGAUGACAGCCUGGUGAAGAAAAGUGCUCUAUAGCUUUAUCUCCACCAAUUCAAGGGACCUGGCAAGGUAGUUGAGUCUUACCACAGGUUCCAAAUACACAUUUUUGUAGGGUUCUAAGGUUCUCCCUUUAUAAGCCCAGGAUAUUUUAGAGUGCUGCAAAAAUUAUUUCCCUGCACAAUAUGAUCAAAAGGCAUGGUUUGGAAGUGCAUCAAGUGAACAUUAGGAAAAACAAUAUUGAGAACCUCCAAGCUUCCCGCACUCCCAGUAAUAACGCUGGGCUCUGGGACAUGACACUACGUUUGCAAGCAGCCUUUAAAUAUUGAAUAUUUGUGUCUGUAGAAAUAUAAAGUUGUACUCAGUCACAAACCAUUGGAUACCAGAUAGAGGGCCCACUCCAACCCCAUCGGUAAAGCAAAAAUUAAUAAACAUGAAUAGAGCUGGGAAGAUCAGAGAAGACUUUUAGGUAAUUAGUGAAAUGAAGCAUUACUGUUUUUUUUGUUUUCCAUAGUUAUCUGUAAUGCCCACCAAACAUACUAAGUACCUACCAAGUUACCUCAAUGGGCACCUCCCUGACCUUAGUGCUUUUUCGAGACCCUACCACCUAUUCUUGCCCCCACAGUUUGUACAGGGAAAUGCAGAGAACACGGCAAUUGAUGGUUUUUAGAAUUUUUUUUAGCUGUUUCCCAUCAUUCCAGGUUUAGAGAAAAAUAUCAGUAUGUUUCAUAAUAACACAAUUAAUGACCCAUUCUAAUCACUUGUUCCACAUGCUUUCCCACACUUCCUUUACCAAUCUCCAAUAUCCUACCUCUUAGUGUGACGGCAGUUGUGUGUGCAUUGAUCUGCUUGCAUGUGACAGGGGAUGUGUGUGUCUGUGGGUUGCUGCAUGCAUGUGGUGUGAAUUGUGUUGUUAUAGGAUGUGUGGGGCUGUCAGUGGCUGAGCUGUGUGUAUACAUUUGAUAAGGAAGUAUUUUUCUGGAGAUAGGAGGCGUGGCUUCAGAGGCAGGCUUAUGAUGUAGCAGUCUGCAAAAAAAAGCAGAAACUAUCAAGAUUUCAGCAUGAUGAAAAAUGAUAGCACACUGAUGAAGCCAAAAAAAAAUGCGUUAACAUUUUAAUGGUACCCCCAGUGUUUCUCUAAGUAAAUGGAAUGUUCAGAAUGUAUACCGUAUAUACUCAUCAAUAAGUCGAUCUCGUGUAUAAGUCGAGUGCAGUUUUUUAACCAACAAAUGUGAAAAAUGCUAUGACUCAUGGAUAAGUCGAGGGUAUGUUAUUCGAAUGGAAUUAUUCGGCUUCUGUUCGGUUACCGAACAGACUCUGUGAGGUCCCCCUUUAUUAACACCUAGUAAUCAUCGACCACCCCUGGCUGUUAACCACAAACAAGCAUUCCCUGGGUGGCCACCAUUCGUAUAUACAAAUGCAUGUGUUCAAACAAACUUUUUCCCGAACGCAGGCAGCGGUACAUGGUCAUCGACGGCAUGGAUAUCUAAAUCACAAGCCUACGAUCCCCUUGCACCCCUGCCCGUUAGACUUCCUGACCAGCUAGGAGAACGGCGUUUGGGAGUCGACAUUGCCCCGUAUUUGACUUCCAAAUGCCGUUUAACUCCCGAACGCCGUACAAAAUUCUUUCCAAACUAGCAUUGACCCAUGGAUAAGUCCACUCUGUGUUUUAAAAUUAAGUUUAAGACUAAAAUUUCUUGACUUAUACACGAGUAUAUACGGUAAAUAUUCACGUAUAGCAUUUUCACAAUGUGCAAAAUUGUGGUAUUUUUUGUAUUUUAAUUAGUUGGAUCUUAUUUGGUUUGCAGAUUUAUGGAUUUUUUGGGCACUGCAAAACAUUGCCAUCAGUAUAAAUAUAAAGAAGGAAUUCCUCUAGGAUGCCAUUUUAAGAUUUCGAAUGAAAAAGAAGAGCUUCAAUUGGUAGUUACAGACUUUUCCAAUGAAAACAUUGAACCUUUCUACUCAUGGAUGAUACCAAGAGAAAUAUGUAAGUUUUACUAAGUGCUGCAUAAAUCAUUUUAAAAUUUUAAUGUAGCAAAGUACAUUAACAUGAUUCGAUUUAAGGGACAUUCAGCUGUGUAGAUGACUCCAAUCUUUUAAAGAUUGAAAUGAAGAUAUUCAUUUCUGAAAACUGAUUUGUAGCAACUUCACAGAGCCAGCAGCAUCUGCACUGAUGUUAAUUUGCAAACAACUUACAUAGUUACAUAGUAACUUUUUGGUGAAAUACUUAGAGAGUUAUUCUAACAGUGUUAUUCGCUAAAUUUAGAAUUCAGAGAUAACUGAAAGUGAAUUUCAAAUUUACUGCACAAACAGCCGAUUUUGAAAAAUUCUCAAAGUCAGCUAUUCCUCCAGCUUGUCUAUAUCAGCCCUACAUUUAAAAAUCACUUUACAUUUAUUUUUAAUUCCCAACAAUUCUUGUUCUAGUAAAUAACCCUAUUAUUGUUGCUGUAGUUAUUUCUGUAAAUUUUUGCUUGUAUAAUAUUUUAAGAUAAGGGGUUAACCUGUAUUUUUUUGUGUGUGUGUGUCAGUUUACAUUUACUUUUUGUGUUUAUUUUAACACAUUUGUUGAUCUUGCCUCAGUGUACGAUUUUACAUUCCAACCAUUAAUGUCUUAGCUUUACUGCAUUGCUGAUCAUUUAAGAUGUCAAUACAAUUAACCAUGGAAACAAUAAGUCAGAAUCAGCUGCCUGUUGAUAAGGGGAAAAUUGUUCAGAGCUGAUAAGAAAUACAUUUUCAUGAGUCAUUCAAGGAAGAUCACUUAUAUUUACUAUUAAACUACUCCAGGAAUUGGGCACAUCGUGGCUAAAUAUGAUUUCCAUUAUUCAAAAACAGCACAAGGUAUUCCUGAUUUUUUGUGAACUUAGCAUAUCCCCCAGCAGGGUGCCAGUAGGAGGACUCCCCUCACCGAUUCACCGGUUGUCCUUCCUUGUAGCACUUUGGGUAGAUUCUAACCACUGCAAACCGGGAAUACCCCAAAAGACUUGCAAUUUUGGAUAUGCUCUGACCCUGUUGUCUAGCCAUCACUAUUUGGCCCUAGUCAAAGUCACUCAGAUCUUUUUGCUUGUCCAUUUUUACUGCUUUCAACAUUUGAAAUUCAAGAACUGACUGUUCACUUGCUCCUAAUAUAUCCCACCCCUUGACAGGAGCCAUUGUAACAAUAUAAUCAAUGUUACUCACUGCACCUUUCAGUGGUUUUAAUGUUGUAGCUGAUAUACAAACACUUUUUAUUUUUAUACCUAUUUAGAUCUAUUUAAUUGCGUCAUAGCUAUUGUAUGGUGGGCAUUCCUUCCAGUGGCCAUUGGAGUAACUAAAUGACCUCCAUUUGUUUAAAUAUACAUAGGGAUUAAGGAGAGAGUGCAGGUAACUUUUUUUUUCCCUUUGGUUUUUACUAUAUGUAUUAGUUGAUGUGUACUGUGGUCAUUGCUGACGCCCAGGAGUGAUGGGAGUGAGUGCAGGACUUUUCUUUUUAAAUUGUAUUUGUUUAUUUGUGGGGAGAGGGAGUAAGAUAUGUCCUGAUUCAUGUGUGAGCUCUUCAAAACAUGGAUCAAGCAAUAAAAAAAUAAUUGUUUGGGGGGAGGCAGAAUGUGCCUAAGAAUUAUGUGGCUACGGACACCUGAGAUAUAAAUUGUUUUUUUUUUAUAACUCUAUGUAUUCAUUGCCAGUAAUUUCUUUACUGGUAUUUUAAACAUUAGGGCUCUUCAGGAUUAGCCAAUAAAAUAUUGCAUAGUAAAUGAGACCAAAAAUGUGACAAUGGGCUUCACCUAAUCCAAAUCUAUGCGAUAGUAAAUAAUUAUCAUAGAAAAAUAAAUAUCUGAGACAAUACACAGGCAACCAUUUUUAUUUAUUUUUCUUCUAGUACAGCUCUCUGCACCAAAUAUCACCAAUAUAUCACGAAUUGUCAAGGACACCAUAUACGUGAGCUGGAGUGUAACGCCGUUAAAACCUAGCCAAUCAAAAUCUGAAUUACUGCUUACAAAUUUGAAUAAUGGGAAAGUAAACAUGUAUGAGGUAAGAGAUUCACUGUGUGCUGAAAAUGGCGAUUUCACAACAAUUCUGUUAUUUCAUAUUAAGAGUCGCUUAUCCAAUUUGUACUGUAUUGCUUAACCCUUAAGGACCAAACUUCUGGAAUAAAAGGGAAUCAUGACAUGUCACACAUGCCAUGUGUCUUUAAGGGUUCAAAUGUACUGUGGUGUCAUUAUUAGGGAUAACUAAGAGUUCCUGGUUUCUUCAUAUCUGAAUUAUUUUCUGAAUUAUUUUCUGCAAAACUAUGCAGAGCAAAUUUUAUUCCAAUUGGCUGCCACAUGCAAAAAAAUGUUAAGUUCAUAUAUUUUGUGAUCAAAAUGCAGAGAUGUGUCAGGGGGAAAACAAAGGCAAAUUCUAAGUACUUUUUCAAGUGAACACCUAUGUGAGGCAAAAACUACCAGUUUUUAUCUGUUUCUGCUCUUUUUGCGGAAAUGUUGCCGGCCCUAGUUAUUAGCUAGAAAUAUAACAUCAGAUCAUAUGAAUUAUAAACAUAUAUAUAUUUUUUUUUAAUGCAUGUACACUACAAACUGCAGUUAAAGGGACAUGCCCAGCACCAAACAACUACCGCAUAUUGUAGUUGUUACAGAAAAUAAAUUUGAACCAGAUGACAAGUUCUUCUAUAUCAGUGAUGGAGAACCUUUUUGAGCCCGAGUGCCCAAUCCGCAGUACAUGCCAACUUUUUUUUCCUCAAAGUGCCAACACGGUAAUUAAACCUGAAUACUGAGGUUUAAGUUUAGAAAAAACAACUCGUACAGUUGUCCGAACUAAUUAACAACUUUGUCUUAAAAGAAGAACACAACAGAGAGUUCAAUGAUACAAAUUUUAAAUAAUGAUAUAAAUAGAUAAAAUUAAGCUUAUAUUUAUUAGUAUCUCCAACAAAUGCAAUACAUACACACAGACUGCUGGACACAUUCACACACCGACCGCUAAAUGCAUACACACACCGGCCGCUAAAUACACACACACACCGGCCGCUAUAUACACAUACAGACAGCCUGCUGAGUACACACAGACUGCUGAAUACAUACACUGCUGAGUACACACAGACUGCUGAAUACAUACACUGCUGAAUACACACACAGUCUGCUGAAUACACAGACUGCUGAGUACACAUACACGCAGACUGCUGAGUAUACACACACACACAGUCUGCUGAAUGCACACACAUACAGUCUUCUGAAUGCACACACAUACAGUCUGCUGAAUGCACGCACACACACAGUCUGCUGAAUGCACGCACACACACAACUUUGUUUUAAAAGAACACAACAGAGAGUUCAAUUAUACAAAUUUUAAAUAAUGAUAUCAAUAGAUAAAAUUAAGCUUAUAUUUAUUAGUAUCUCCAACAAAUGCAAUACAUACACACAGACUGCUGAACACAUACACACACUGACCGCUAAAUACAUACACACACCGGCCACUAAAUACACAUACAGACAGCCUGCCGAGUACACACAGACUGCUGAAUACAUACACUGCUGAAUACACAGACUGCUGAGUACACAUACACACAGACUGCUGAGUACACACACACAGUCUGCUGAGUACACACACACACACAGUCUGCUGAGUACACACACACACACACACACUGCUGAAUGCACACAAACAGACUGAUGAAUGCACACACACACACAGAUUGCUGAAUGCACACACACACAUAGACUGCUGAAUGCACACACACAGACUGCUGAAUACACACACAUACAGACUGCUGAAUACACACACACACUGCAUUGAGGGGUGCAGUGCAUGUAUUUGUAUGCACACACACACAGACUGCUGAAUGCACACAUACACACACACAGACUGCUGAAUACACACACAUACAGACUGCUGAAUACACACACACAUACUGCAUUGAGGGGUGCAGUGUAUGUGUUUGUGUGUAAGGAUGUGGAGUGCUGUGUGUGAGUGUCUGAGGGGUGCUGUGUGUGUGUGUGUCUGAGGGGUGCUGUGUGUGUCUGAGGGGUGCUGUGUGUGUGUGUGUGUGUGUGUGUGUGUCUGAGGGGUGCUGUGUGUGUGUCUGUCUGAGUGGUGCUCUGUGUGUGUGUCUGUCUGAGGGGUGCUGAGGGGGGAAGGGGUGCAGUGUGUGGGGGUGCUGUGUGUGUGGGUAGGGGUGCUGUGUGUGGGGGGGGAGGGGUGCUGUGGUGUGGGGGGGAGGGGUGCUGUGGAGGAUAGGGGUAAAUAUACAUAAAAAUAUAUAAAGCAAUAUAAUAGAAUUGUAGUGAGACACACAAUAAUAAAAAGUCCUCAAAAACACCUUAGUGAGAGUCCAUUUCACCUCACAAAUAAACACAAAUACAUACAAUAUAAGGUGGAGUAUCUUCUUAUUAUAAUAAAUUUCCCGUAUCUCUAGAAGACAGAACAAAAUAAAGCAUAUGAUAGUGCAGUAUUGUCUGUUAUAUAAAGAGGUUAUAGUAGAAUAGGAGAAGUAUCACUCACAAGUGUAGAGCCUCAAAGUAUGGCUCAAUUUUCCAGUAUUGUGGGAUAUAAGGUUCCCACUGCCUUCUUUGUAUGGCUGGUGAUCAAAUAUUCCUCUCGGGAACAAGUAAUGAUUUCCAAAGUGCUUUAUUAUAAAGUGCACUAAAAUAUAACAAAUUAAAAAAACAUAAAUAAAAAUAUUAAAUAACAAGACCUUACAAGUUGAAGGUGAAUGAUAUGAAGAGUCUUUGAUUCAAAGAGUCUUCAUAGGUUCGCCAUCACUGUUCUAUAUCUUUCUUUUAUUCAAUUCACUCAGUGCAAUGAAUGAGUAAUGCCAAGGGUUAAUGGAUACAGGCAAAUCAAUGCAAUUCCCAAACUAGCAAUCUCUGGCUUACUUUUAUAUCCUUUAAACCAGGGGUGUCUAAAAGGUAGCUCCCCAGAUGUUUUAAAACUACAGCUUCCAUGAUGCCUUGCCAUUCUAAAGCAUUCUAAAGGCAUGCAAAGCAUAAUGGGAGUUGUAGUUCUACAACAUCUGGGGAUCUACCUUUGGACAGUCCUGCUUUAAACAAUUACACAGAAAUGUCACAAGAUUGCCACGAUUACAUUUUGGAUGUCAAGCAUGCGACUUUAGUGUAUGACUUCAGCAUUAUGUUACACUUCUUCAGCUGUUUCAAGAUAUACCAAAUACUAUAUAAAAUGGUAGCAAGUAAUACUAAAUGAUUUAUAAUCUAUCUAUAUCAUUAGUGAUGAAUGUAAAAAGGGACUACUGGUUUGAUUUUCAGUUAAUUGUCAACUUGCUUUAAAGCAGUUUGUCAAAAACAGAAGACAUUGUUUAAGGACCGGGUUAGCGUUAAGAAAAUGCUCCUUCUGUAAUGGUACAAGUGAGACAAGAAUUGUGUGGGACAAAGAUAUUCAUUAUCCAAAUAAUAUAUCUUUUUUUGUGUGUUUAUUUAAAAAGGAAACUAGGAAUAACAGCAAAGAAAUUUUACUUGGUGAUCCUGAUGCAACAUAUACAAUAAAAAUACGAUCAAAAAAACAUGACAUGUAUGGCGAUUUUCCCUGGAGUGAGUGGAGCGAGGAAAAAACUAUUUCAGGUAAGACCAAAAACCAUAGCUUUACUGAAUAAAAAAAAAUAGAUAUAACAUAUGCACAUCACACUUCAAUGCAUUGCAACCAUACCAUUUUAAAGGAGCACUCCAAGCACCAUAACCACCUCAGCCCACUUUGACAACUUACCCGAGGUCCUCCAUUUGCCAGCUGCCACCUCCUCUGCAGCCAGAAACCCCGGCAAGGAGCACCCUUUAACAUAGCUGAGCUAGUGCAGGAGCUCGCUCAUUGGUUGAGAGUCUCAGCAGAGCAAGGCCCUGCACCACCAUACAUAGCUCAAUGUAGGGGGCAGGGGGUGAAUACCUAAAUUAAAUUGACUACUUACUCUAGGAGGUGGGCAGGGUGCUCCUGGUACAAUAACCACUACAGCGUCAGUAAUGGUUACAUUGCUUGGAGUGUUCACUUAAAGAACAUAACCCUUGUUUCAAUAAGUGUUAUACGGAUAUGGUAAAUGGCAAGUUUUCGUAUCACAUUUGAAGUAAGGUAACUGUUUACUUGUUAGAAAUAUAGAGAGUUUAAUUUUAACAUUUUGCUGGUUUGUUUUUUGUAGCAGAAUACAAAUUCAGGACAAUGAAUAUCAUCCUAGCUGUCUUAAUCCCUAUCUCUGUGAGCAUCUUAACAGUCAUCUCUGUCGUUUGUAUUAAAAGGUAAAUAAUUACUUUAUGGGGACAUUCUUAUGCAAGCUAAUGAAUUGUUUUAUCGGGAAAUACAGGCACAGGUUUGAAAAAUAUAGCAGUUUUUUUUUUUUAAUAAAAAAAGGUUUUAUUAUGAAGAACAUUGGUAUUUAAAACCAGAUCUUAGUUACAGGUGGUCCUCACUUUGCAACGGCUCGCACUUACGACCAGCUCUCUAGCGGGGGGAUUCAAGGGAUUCCCCACAUUAGAAAGCUGGUCUAUGUUCGGGGAAUUUUCCCAGAAUAUAGAUUAGAAGGAUUCCCUGCUCUGGUGCUUAAUGUCUACGUUUGGGGAACAUUUCCUGAAAAUAGAUUUGAGGGAUUCUCCGCUCUGCUGCCCUUGUCUAUGUUCGGGGAAAUUUCCCCAAACAUAGAUUAGAGGGAUUCCCUGCUCUGGUGCGUUUGUCUGUAUUCGGGGAAAUUUCCCCAAACAUACACCUGCACUGGUGCGCAUGCGCGUCACUUACCGACCAAUUCGUUUUACGACUGGGUCGUAAGAACGGAACCCGGUUGGUAAGUGAGGAGCAUCAGUAUAGGAAUCCACUGUUGAUAAUGUUUGAUAAUGUGCUUAAAGGGAUAUUGCAACAUUAUAACUUUAAUGCGUUUGAUAGGUUUUGGCCUUUUUAAUAUGCUAUGUAUUUAACCUGCUCAAAUCCUUGAUUUUUUUGCACAAAAUAUCAAUGUUUUACAAAAUGAUGUACUCAGGGCCGGUGCAAGGAUUUUUGCCGCCCUAGGCAAAAGUAAUGUUUGCCUCCCCCCACAUGUGACAUCACAAUGCCCCACCCAUAUGAUCUGCCAUAUGAUUUCCCCACCCUCCCCUACCUCUGUUGUAGCGUGACCGAGCUCUGUAUGGUCCGCAAGUACAGGGAGCUUUUGUUUCCUGUACCCGGCCGGACUAAAAGGAAGUGCACACUCAGUGUUAGUCCGGCCGGGUACAGGAGACAGAUGCUCCCUGUACCCGCGGACCAUACAGGGCUCGGCCACGCUACAGUGAGGGAGUGACAGGAGGGAGCGCUGAGCGCUGUCAGCCCCUCUGCUCAUGCUGUGCCCAGGCGGUGCGGUGCGCCCUCAUGGACGCACCAGCCCGGGCAAAGCUGCAGCUGCCUGAGGCUCUCUACAGAGCGCUCGGGCUGCUGCAGCAUGAGGGGGGCCGGCGCUCCUGGCGGCACCCCUUCCCAAGGGGCGCCCUAGGCGGCUGCCUAGUCCGCCUAACAGGUAGCGCCGGCCCUGGAUGUACUGUACGCCUGCCUCCUUAACCACUUUCCCUCGAUCCAGAACAAUAAUGUAUUAAGUAAAAUGGCUGUUAUGUUCAGUCCACAAUUUAUCCAACACAGCCAUUAAAAAAUAAUUUGAAUAAAUCGGUGAUGUGAAACAAAUAUUAUUUGUUCAGUUACACUAAUAUUACAGAAAACAUUGAUUUUUUUUUUUACAAUGUCAGGGUUAUUUACUAAAGUGAGAAUUGUCAGAAAUUGGAAGUUACAUAGUUACAAAGUUACAUAGCUGAAAAGAGACUUGCGUCCAUCAAGUUCAGCCUUCCUCACAUGUUUUUUUGCUGUUGAUACAAAAGAAGGCAAAAAAACCCAGAAGUGAAUUUAAUAUUUAAGAUAAAAACAGUUUCCCAGUCAGCUAUGCUUCUAGUUUGGCUAUUUUUGUCUAAAAUUUGAAUUCCGGACAAGCCUCACUUUAGAAAAUAACUGUGUAAAUAUUAUGUAGAACUGAGAUGUUAAUUUAUAUUAGACUGAGAACCCAACCCAUCCACUAUGGGUGCCCUUUUGUAGGUGACUACAUGAAAGCCUAAAUUGAGGAGUCUCUUGAAGCAGUUUAUACUGUAACAAAGUAUUGCAAGUUAGCAUGUAAAUCUCCCAUGUUAAAAUUAGUGUAGGAUCCACCGAUAUGGGUACUGUGACAUAUGGCCAUAUGGUACUAGUAUGAAACCGAAUCUUCAUAUUUAUUUGCUAAGAUAGGUGAUUUUAAGUAGCAUUGUUAAAUGUAAAACUGUAUUUUUGUUUGUUUGUGUGUGUACGCUGUUCCUUUAACUAUAAAAUAAAUUGUGGGGUAAGGUCUAGAUUAUUUAUUGACUAUUUUAUCAUUUGGUGUUCCCAAUUUCCUUUCCCUAUUUCUAAUCCUUCAACAUAGCCAAGUUAGAAAGUAUUCUUUUUUUAGCGUAAAUCUUGUAGCUACUGAUAGCAAUUUAAUGGCUACUCACUUUUUAGUGAAUAAACCUCACAAAACAUGUAUAAGCUGUAUAAUAUUUCAUACUGUGAUAGAAAUGUUAUAUAAAAGUAAAAUGUUAUUAUUAUACAUGUUAUACAUUUUGACGUUUUACUUUUUUAAUUAUUCCAUAGAUGCAUUCUUUGUAUUCUUCCUCCCAUACCUGACCCUGGAAAACCUUUUGGAGACCCAGAUAAUUUGCAGGUAAACAAUAUUCUUAUAGACAUUUUGCAUCCACAUUAACAAUUUGUAAUGGAAAGAAUAUAACCUUAGUAAAUCAGCCUAUAGAUUACUCAGAGUACCAGGUAGCCAGCGGCUCAAGGUUACAGAAAGAUUAAAAUAGAGUAGGUGCAGAUAUGGAUAUUUAUAAAGUCUUUUGAUCCAUUUGAAAAGAAAUGUUGCUUAACUCUGUCUGAUGCAAAAACAUCUUUGGACUUACAUGCAGUUCUUCAAAUUUGCUGAAAUCUGAAACAGUGAUCCAGGUUUUUGGGUAAAAGAGCUGCAUUCACUAAACUAUAAAAGUAAAUGGAAAUUAUAUUUAUAUUUCAAGUAAAAUUUGCUAAAUUAGAAAAUAUCCACAAUCAGCUAUUUAAAAUUUUAAAUACACAUUGAAUUCACCUCGAAUUUCCCAAAAUUCACACAGUAAAAUAAUAAUAAUUCAUAAUAGUAAUAACUGUGAAAAUGUGUAAAAGCUAAGUAUCCAUGUGUUACUGCUGUUAUGAUGAAGAAGGGGGAAUUGUAAAAUGGCGGUGGUAAAGUGAAAUUGAAAAGGGUACAGGAUCUGGACAUGCAGAGGAGCAGGGAAUGUUUAGGCCGUAUAGUGUCUAUUUAGGACAACUUUGCACCCUGCUGUCAGCAAUUAUACAAAGGAGAGGAGACAUUGUUUUUUGUUUUUUUUUAAUACAAUAAUCCUUUCAUCAAGUGUUGGAAGAAAAUAGGUUUGUUUUGUUUUGUUUUUUGGUUUUUUUUUAUGGAGUAAAUGUAAAACAAAUUGGAAAACUUGUCCCUAUCUUUAAUAUAUGACAGGAUCCUUCAGCCAUAUACAGUGAGGGAAAAAAGUAUUUGGGGGUGUUUUUCUGCUAAGGGGACAGGACAACUGUACCACAUCAAAGGGACAAUGGAAGGGGCCAUGUACCGUCAAAUCUUUGGUGAGAACCUCCUUCCCUCAGCCAGGGCAUUGAAAAUAAGUCAUGGAUAGGUAUUCCAGCAUGACAAUGACCCAAAACACACAACCAAGGCAACAAAGGAGUGGCUCAAGAAGAAGCACAUUAAGGUCCUAGAGUGGCCUAGCCAGUCUCCAGAUCUUAAUCCCAUAGAAAAUCUGUGAAGGGAGCUGAAGGUUCGAGUUGCCAAAAGUCAGCCUCGAACCUUUAAUGCCUUGGUGAGGAUCUGCAAAGAGGAGUGUGACAAAAUCUCUCCUGAGAUGUGCAAACCUGGUGGCCAACUACAAGAAACGUCUGACCUCCGAUUGCCAACAAGGGUUUUGCCACCAAGAACUAAGUCGAAGGGGUCAAAUACUUAUUUAGCCCAUUUACAUGCAAAUCAGUUUAUAACUUUUUUGACAUGUGUUUUUAUGGAUUAUUUGUUUUUGUUAUUCUGUCUCUCACUGUUAAAAUAUACCUACCAUUAAAAUUAUAGACUAAUCAUUUCUUUGUCAGUGGGCAAACAUUCAAAAUCAGCAGGGGAUCAAAUACUUUUUCCCCUCACUGUACAUACACCUUGAGUCAGACAGUGUUUGAAUUUGACAGUUUCUAGGCCUGAUGGUAUCACUGCACUGUGCAGGAAGUGAAGCAGGGAAGAGCAUAGAGACUAUAGGUGUCCAAAUACUGACUGGCCCAAUGUGAAUGUAAAUGACUCUCUUCCUCACUUGCUAAUUGUGCUCUGGUUGUGCCUGGACUGAACUAGAUUUUGAUGUAAUUUGCUAAACCUUUAAUAUAAACAUAAAGAAAACAGAGCAAUACUUGCACAUGUAUUCCUUACACUAUGGGGCUGGUGUGGCUGUUUAUGUCUUUGUCCCCCUCACUCCCCCCGUCUGUGCAGUGAAAAGUUGGUUUUACUCACCUUUUCUCCCACAACAUGCACAACUCACCGCGGCUGUCCCAGGCUGGAUUUUCACUAAUGGCUGGCAGAAUCACUUUCCCAUAGGAAAGCAUUGGGAGCCUAUUGCGCAUGUGCAGCAAAAUACUGCACAGCACCAAUCAGUAUCUUCUCAUAGAGAUGCACUGAAUCAACACAUCUCUUUGGGGAGCGUGUAGAGACCCUGAAUGCCAGGAAGCACCUCUAGUGGCUGUCUGAGUGACUGUCACUAGAGGUGCUACAAGGCCCCAAUGUAAACCAUGCCUUUUCUCUAAAAAGGCAGUGUUUACAUUGAAAAGCCUGCAGCCUGCAAGGCUUAGUACACCAGAAGAAGUACAUUAAGCUGUAGUGGUUCUGGUGACUAUAGUGUCCCUUCAAGUUAGCGCUGAUUUUUAAUAUAAUAUUCAGUGAUGUCAUUUCUAGAGAAGAAAUGUCCUCUGUUCUCACCUGUGACACUUUAUAUUUAGGGUUUUCCUUGACCCUGCAUUGCUUCUGUAUCUAUUGACAUUAUUUACGUGCAAUUUCUCGCUUUCUGUCAGAAUAUAUUUCACCAUGUGCUUACUGUAUUGCACUGCUCUUUUCCUUGAGGGACUAUUGCUUCUCAAAACACUAAAAGUAAGAUUUGUUUGCCUUAUAUUCUGUAGUGCGCUGGUCUGUAUGCAGCCACACAGCCCCAUCAGCCUUGAUGAUCUGUCAAUCCAGUGCUUCCCCAUAGGAAAGCAUUGGGAGGCUAGCGUGCAUGCAUGCUGCACUGCGUCAAUCAAAUGCUGUCUGUGAGAAGCAGUGAUUGAAUAAAAAAGCUUAGCUCAAGUAUUGCAGAGGAAGUGUCUUUAGUGGCUAAAAGGAUGAAAACCACUUGAUGUGCUUAACCCUCCAAUUGAAACAUUUCUACAAAAUGGCAAUAUUUUAUAUUGGAAUAUUAAAACAGGAGCGUUACACCCAGACCACCUCAGUGGUCUGUGUGCCUUCAGUGUCCCUUUACAGUGCUUUAAAAAUUCUCAUCACAUAGGAUUAGGAAUAAUACAAAGCUAUUAUGUAGUGCUAGAUCAGUGGUUUUGGAAUCUUGCUUUGGCCUCCAGCAUUUUAUGGACAACAUCUCAUAUAAUUCUAUGUCAGUAAUAGGAUGUUUUUGGACUGGCACAGAAUUAUAAUAAAAAGCAGUCCAAAGCAGCAUGUUUGGGCACUAUUGCUCCAGAUCAGAAGUAGGCAACCUUCGUCACUUUAGAUGCAGUGGACUACAUCUCCCACACAAUCCUCUUACAGUCAUAAUGCUGGCAGAGCUUUAGAGGAGAUGUAGUCCACCACGGCUUGAAUGCCAAAGGUUGCCUAAUCCUGCUCUAAAUCAGCUUGUGUCUGAGGGAAACAGACUACAGUAGCCAUACAUAUAGAAUUAUACAGUGUGAUACUUAUUAUUAACGCAAUACAAAUUGACCUUAUUGCUGUAUAUAUAAAAAUAUAAUCAUGAACAUUUCUUCAUAAUGACCAGAAUGUAAUAACAUAGCUAGAAAGCAAACACAUAAACAAAAAAAAGAGAAAAAUAAAACUAGUGCAACAUUUGCAAAUCCGGAAAAGGCUUAUGAAAGAAGAAGAGACUUUGGGAUUUCUUGAAAAUUUUUUAUUGUUACCAGUGAACUCUAAUCAAAAGGACCUUGAUGACAUUAUGUCACACUUGAACUUUCUAUUUUACUUGGGACCUAUAAAUAAAAUUAAGCAAAUUCUCCUUUUGACUUCAUAGAGGAAGAACUAUAAAUAGUGCUCUACAGUUAAUAGACCAGCUAGAAAACCAGUCUGUAAACAUGCAUGAUAGUCCUGAUAUUUAACCCCUUAAGGACCAAACAGCUGGAAUAAAAGGGAAUCAUGACAUGUCACACAUGUCAUGUGUCCUUAAGGGGUUAAACUGCCGUAUUAGUCCAGUAAUGUAGAUUUGAACUAAUGAAGUAUUGCACUUUCUUGUGGUACUUUUUUUAUUGGACUUUCAAAAAUUUGUAAAUUAUGAGUGAUUUUGAGAGAUUCUCCCUUUACUAAGUCUAAAUCAUGCAUGGUCAGGGCCGGCGCUACCAUUAAGGCGAAUUAGGCAUUUGCCUGGGGCGCCGACCUGAAGGGGGCGCCCACCUGGAGGUUUCUGGGUGGGCUGCUCCUGUGGGUGGGCAGCGGGCUUCUCUUGCCUGGGGUCGGCGCGCUGGGUAAGUGGCUGUUUAGCCAAACCCCAGCGCAGCCAUAUCCUGUGCUCCCUCUGCCUCCCUGAUGCUGCAGAGCCGAUCAUCUGCUCAGGGAGAGGGGGUCUGUUGAAUCCCCAGCACCCGAGCAGAGCACUGUGCUUCCUGCAGGCAGGGGAAGCUGGGAUGUGACCUGGUAUCCCGGCUGCCCCCUGCCUGUGAUAAAAGGAAGCACAGUGAAGGGAGCAGGAAGCAGCCUGUGCUCACUGUGCACUGCUCUCCUGCCCCCCCAGGAACCAGGGCAGAUACCUGCAGGCUGAAAGAUGGUCCCCUUCUCCUCCAGUCACAUCACUAGCACAGGUAUGGCAUCACUGGAGGAUAAGGGGAGCUGGUUAUUAUUGUGGGUAUGUUUGAACAUUGGUGUGUUAAGUUUGUUUGUGGGUGUGUGUUUUAAUAAACUGACUAUAUGUAAACUGGUGUGAGUGACGUGUGUGUGUGUGUGUCAGUGAGUGUGUGACCAGUUAUAUUUCUAAUACAUUAAUAUAAUUAUAUAUAUUAUAUUUAAAAAAAACAUUUUACUUACAGUGUGCCUUUCAUACAAGUUCCCUGUCGCACACAUUAAAUACCACCAUUAUCAUAAACUAAAUGCACAAUAGUAUAAGUUAAAUCCCACCAAAUGAAUUGAAUAAAUUCAAAUGUAAAAUGUAUAUGUAUUAGGCAGUAUGUGCACAUGGAUGUGUGUGUUGGGCAGUAUGUGCGUAUGGAUGUAUGUGUUGGGCAGUAUGUGCGCAUGGAUAUAUGUGUUGGGCAGUAUGUACGUAUGGAUGUAUGUGUUGGGCAGUAUUUGCAUAUGGAUGAAUGUAUUAGGCAGUGUGUGUAUAAUGGCCAGUGAGUGUGUAUGGUUGAAUGUAUAUAUUAGGCAGCGUGCGUGUAUGGUUGUAUGUAUUGGCAGUCUGUGUGUGUAUGGAUGGAUGUAUUGGCAGGGUGUGUGUGUAUGGAUGUAUGUAUGUAUUGGCAGUGUGUGUGUAUGGAUGUAUGUAUGUAUUGGCAGUCUGUGUGUGUGUGUAUGGAUGGAUGUAUUGGCAGGGUGUGUGUAUGGAUGUAUGUAUGUAUGUAUGUAUGGGCAGUGUGUGUGUGUUCAUAAUGGACAGUUUCUUUUUUUCCCCCCUAAAUGUCUGCUCACUGUGUCUCUCCUAAAAUGUCUCCUAGUCUGUAUCAGUUUCCUAAAAACCUUAACAAUCUCUCUAUCCCUUUCCUAAUUGCCUUCCCGGACUGUGUUCCCUUCCCUAAAUUGAGCACUGGUCUCUCUGCUUUCCCUUAGACACUUAGGUGUCUAUUCACUAAACAGUGAUUUGAAAAAGUUGAGAUGACUUUAUACAACUCUUCUGUUUUGGCCUAAAUGUUUCAAUUUAUAUUUCAACUCACUGCUUAAUGAAUAGACAGGGAAAAGAAAAGAAUAGAAAUUGACAGAAGAUAAUUACCGGAUUAUUCACUAAAGUGAGAAUUGUAAGUGUAAGGGCAGAGUAGCCGAAUCUGGAGAAUGUUAACGGGUGUUUUGACCAUAAAUUAGAAAUUCACUUUGAAUUCCCAACAAUUCUCACUUUAUUGAAUAACCCUAUUGGAAUAAAGAGAAACAGGCUGGAGAGAAUCAGUGAGCAGAUAAAUCGUGAACAUAGAGACUGCAAGCUUUUGGAAACAGAAACAAAGGAGAAAGCUGUGGAUAAACGCUAAUGAGAGAGUUUGGGCACUAUGGAGGAAAGGGACAGCUGAUCAGACCUAAUUAAAAACCAAAUGGCAAAAUUUAUACCAUUUAGAAGAAUUCGCCAACUCCGCUACAGUCACAGUUCAGCUGUUUUUGCUUAAACUAUGCAAUUCGAUUUCCAAUUCACUGAAUUCAUAGUUUAGUGAAUAAACUUCUGAGAGAGUGUAGUUGCAUUCAAGAGGGGGCGGCAAAAUGGAUCUUUGCCUAGGGUGGCAAGAAUCCUUGCACCGGCCCUGUGCAUGGUGUCAUAAUGAGAAGCAAUAUUACGUAAUCCAAACAUCUAGACAAACAAAAGGGUGUGUGCAUGCUAUUAAUCCAAUGAUAGACACAUAACACAUGAAUUGUAUCUAAUCACAAAAGGCUGAUGGGUACACAAAGCAUGCACACAGUCCAUUACCAAAAAGUGUGCCCACCUAGUGUGGAUGCAAUGUGUGUGUGUGUGUGUAGGGGACAUAAUGUGUGUUCAGGGUAUGUAGUAGUUUUUGCUGGUUAUGCAGUGUGUAGGAGUAUGUAGUGUGUAUAAGGAAUAGGCGCAGGCAUAGUCAACCUUUGGCACUCCAGAUGUUUUGGACUACACCUUCCAUGAUGCUUUGCAGGCAUUAUGAGGGAUGUAGGCCACAACAUAUGGAGUGCCGAAGGUUGCCUAUCCCUGGAAUAGGGUUUGAUAAGGGAUGCAGUCUAUGUAGGUCAUGUAUUGUGUUUGUGCUUGUGUGUGUGUGUGUGUGUGUGUUGGGGAGGCAGCGUGUGUCUGUGCAUGUGAGGUUAAAAGGGCAGCUAAGAAAUUCUGAGACUUGUCAGAACAUGUUGUAAAACACUGUUACCAUAUGCCCUGUGCAAUUUCAUGGGUAUUCACUGAAGUGAGAAUUAUCAGAGAUUUAAAGUGAAUUUUAAAUUCAGUUAAACUGAAAAAUCUCCCAGAUAGCUAUUUUAGUGAAUAACCCUUCUGAUCAUGCUACAACGACACAUGAGAUUUCAAAGUUAAUAUUUUGAAAGUAUAAUAAAGUAGUCUGGAAUGUUGACAGUCACAGAUAACUUUUCUGAUAGGAAUAUAAUGUUUCUUUAGAUUCGGUAAUUAUACCUUUGUUCACAUACACAUUCCAGGCCUUGUUUACAAGGCUUGUGAAAAACAAUAUUUAGCAUUUUUGUGGUUGUCUCUCAUAAUUGUAUAUAAUAGAACAAAAACACGUAGACACACAUUUACAUUUUUUAGUAGAUUGCAGAUCACACGCUUAUCUUCAUAAACCAACACAGCAGCAAGCAAAUAUCUUUGCAUCACUUUCCUGACUGCUGUGGGUGUGUUUUAACCACUUCCCAUCAGAAAGAAGAGUUGGUACACACAUCCUUGUUUACCUAAAUGGGUGAACAUUGUAGGAAAAAGAACUGCCAUGCAGGUGAAAGGUCAUUGUUUAAAUACAGCAGUUAUUUAAGAAAAACAAAACAUUAUUUUGAUAUUAACAAUGAAAACACAUUAAUACAUUAUUUUAAAGGAACACUACAAGUACCAGAACCACUACAGCUUAACGCAAUGGUUCUGGUGCAAAGAGACAAUCGCUCUUAACAGUCUCAACAAUGCAAACACUGCUCUUUCUAAGAAAAGGCAGCAUUUACAGCGCAUCCUAACGCCACCUUGCAGGUGCAGUCAUGUAGUAAGUACAGGACUGACGUUCACCUCUUCACCUUUCUCCAUGGAGACGCUGAAUGCUCCCUAUAGAGAUGCACUGAGACAAUGCCUCUCUAUGUGAAGAUGCUGAUUGGUAUAGCACAGAAAUUGCCACGCAUGUGCACUAUCCCCCUCAAUACUUCUCUUUGGGGAAACUUUCAAUUGGUUGAGAUUGGCUGAGAUUAGCCUUAAUGAUAAUCUUUGCCAGGGGAGGAGCAGCAGGGGGAGUAAAGGUAAAUCACUCUAUUUAACUUGUUAAUUGGGGUAGGGAGCUUCUAACUUGUUAGUCAAAUACCAUAACUUUGGGAAUAUAUGUUUGUUUAAACAGAAGUGCAGGUAUUUUACAUAAACAUUAACAACUAGUUUAAGCAUUCCCAGGAAUUUGAGAUAAAUUAUCAUGUUGUUUCAUUUCCAAUCAAUUUAAUAGAGUUCAGCAAUACAGCGUGUCUGCUGUCCAGUACAUUUAUUGUUUUUUGUGUAUAUACAUAUAUUAUAUAUUUUGUAUAUUUUUUUAUCUUUUCUUUGUAAAUAUUUUAAUAGUACAGCAAAUAAUACAUGUUUAGUACAAAAUGAGCGAUUAAAAAAACCAAAAACAAAAAAACUUUGCACACUUCCAAAAAAAACAAACUAAAAAAAAAAACAUAAAAAACAAAAAGAUUUACUUUAACAUGACAGGAAAGGUGAGGUGGAACAUUGAAUAUAGAAGUAGUGGGAAAAAAGUCUGAUUCGUGCACUUGUAUUGUUCAGGGAAUAUGGACACUGGGAGGUACUAGCACUCUGAGUAGGGCUUACAUGAAGAAUGUUAAUCAGACUCUGCAUACGUGCUUAUCAUCUGUUCACUAGGGUUUGGCAUAAACUAUUUUUAAGUUGCAAGACUGGUUCGAUCGCUGCAUGAUCUAUUGAAUAUAUAUAAUUAUGUGAAUUUUUUUAAGUUAAAUACUUGUUUACUUUUCUGUGGGCUUAAGAUUUUUCAAAGCUAGCUCAUGUUUCUUGUAAACUUUGCACUAAAACCUUUGAAAGUGACCUAAGGAGUAGAUUAAUCAAGCAAAGCAGGAGCUAUUUUGUGGGCAAAGUGCUAAAAGCUGAGACACAUGUUAUUGGCUUCCUUGUAGGUUUUUUUUUUGCCUUUACACAUAUUUGUAUUUUUGAAAUCUGAGUUGUUUCAAAAUGGAUACAGAAAUCAAGAGAGAGGUAUUUAAACAAGGAUUUGGGCAGAGAAGGGCAUCUAAAAAAUAUGGUCCCGAUGUAGGCUAACGCAUAUCCCAUACCUCGUGCUGCUAAUGCUCUUCUUUAUUAUUUGGGAUUUUGGAGUAGAGAUAAUGAGAGGACAUCAUAGAAUCACUGAUGGACAAGUUGAGGAGAAGACCUGCACGUGUAACUAUUGCUCCCAGAUCUUUCUUAUUUUCUUGUGCUAAAUUAAUUGGUACCAUCAUUCUAUUUUGUAGCAUACAUCAGUAACACAUUGUUAAUUUGCUAUCAUUAAUAGAGUGGUAGCAGCGAUGGAGAAGCUUCUCACUCCGGCACAGAUCUCCUUUCCCAUUAUUAAAACACAAUUUACUUACCAACCGAUAUCCAAAGAGCACAUGGAAAUCUGGAGCUUGUCCCAUCAAUUAGGGAGAAUAGGAUACUUCCCUUAUCUUUAUUUUAAAAAAUUAAUUAAGCUGUAGUUGUUCUGGUGACUAUAGUGUCCCUUUAAAUAAUUAUUCCUCACACUUAUAAAUCACAAUGUCUGAUGAUUCUUCAUAUAAUUCACCACGCAAAUGUCUGUUAAAAAAUGUCAAAAAAUAUAUAUAUUUUAUGACACAAAGAAUUUGUGUAGUUUUUUUAUCAAUCUGAAUGUGUUUUCUCCUUAUUCCCUAUAGCAAUUGCUAAGAUUCAAGUAUGCAAAUGUCUGGAACACACCACCGAAUGAUGAGAUCUGUUCUGUUAUCUUGGUUGAGUCUCCAACAUGUUCCACAUGCUCCUCCUCCUUAGAGUGAAGUUUUCAGUAACAAAGAAAAGCAAAGACAAUUUUAUAAUACUUUCUCCUGAGGUAUACUGUGCAACAGUGAAACUUUGACCUCAAGUUCUAAAGCUCUAUGGUCGAUCCUUACUGUGGUAUUUUGGAAAAGAAAACGACCAAUAAUGUGUGAUUGUAGAAGAAGGGAACCUUUCCUUUUCGAAGACACACAAACUCCUUAGAGACCCUGUGUGCUCAAGGCUUGGCUGGAAGAUGGGAUAUGCUUUGACUAGCUGUGUUUCUAGAUGUACAUAUUGACAGAGAAGAACAGGAAAAAAGACUAGAAACCAUCAUCCACUGUGUAUAUAGAAGACUUUUAAUGUCUUGUCCUAACUGACUGAGUAGAAUGAGAUACAUUAUUGUGGAUGCUGCUAUGGAUUACCCAGUAAAGUCCUAUUCUGUAGAGUGGCUUGUCGUCUAGAAAUAGAAAUAUGGCCUAAAACUGAAGUCAUUCAAGUAUUUAGGAAUAGAAGACUACAAGUAUCAUGUUCCUCAGAUUGAGUCUCAUUUUAGAUUUUGAAUUCUGAUUGGUGGUUUAACACGGACAACAAGCAAUUUAAAUACCACUGAAGCUGACUUCCUUACAGAGAGAAAGUAUGUCCUUACACCAUCAGACAGAAAAGCAUUUGUGAUUGUGUAACAAUAUUAUUUGCUUCACUUUACUGUCUGACCUUGAUGACAUUGAUAAAAUGUAUCCUGAGGAUACUGGGAGACCUCCUAAAUCAUUACACAUUGACUUAAAAUGUAUGUAGGUUAGGUUUACCUACCAAGACUUGUGUGCAAGACACAUCUACGAAAAUCUGUUUGUCACCUCUUUUCCUUCAGUGAAUGUCUACCAGGUAUUUCUCCUAAGAUCAACCUCUUUUUGAUCUUAAAUCAACCUCUUUUUGAUUAAAUAGCACAUUGUAAUGCCUGUGUGUAACUGUUUAUAGAUACAUCUACAUCUGGUUGUUAUGUUUGGUUGUAUUCACUGUACACUUUUUCUUAGGUUUUAUCUUGUAAGGGGCUUGAUAAUGCUCUAGAGCAGUGGUUCCCAAAAGCAGUCCUCGUGGCCCACCAACAAUCCAGGAUUUAUGCAUUUCUCUGUUUUAUUCCAAUAGAGAUACUGACAAAACAUGGACUGUUGGUGGGUGUUGAGGACUGGUUUGGGAAACACUGUUCUAAAGAAUGCUAGUGACCCAUCAGGAUUGGUGGUCAGUGGUGCAUCUGUUCAUGACUUAUAUUUAACCCCUUAAGCACACGUGGCAUGUGUGACAUGUCAUGAUUCUUUUUUAGUCCAGAAGUUUGGUCCUUAAGGGGUUAAAGGAACACUCCAAAUAUCAUAACCACUACAGAGCACAAUAGUGGAUAUGGUGCCAGAAGUGCCCUGGCACCCCCAUUGUAAGUAGUCAAAUGGCUAGUCUAUUUUUUUAGCAAAAGCUGCUGCUUUAUUGUCCAAACAUGGGAACCCUGCAUGCAUUUAAACCUUUUUCAUAUAUACAUUUAUAAACACACUUGUAUGAUGUUUACUAAAUUUUAGUAUUUUUUACAGAACAUUUUUCUGAAAUAUCCUUCCGUCUGCAUUAAUACAUUACAUAAUUUGGAGAGGUGAUAAAGCAGUGUGCAGUUUGCUAAUCGCAUAUUGCAACUCUGUGAAAUCUUUAAGAUUUACCAAACAACGUAUAACAUUGUCUGCGCAAAGAUUUGUCUUGUCUCCAAAUUGUGUUAAAGAUUAGUGCGCGGAAAUAUACGAAACAGAAAUAUAUUUCAGAAAAAUGUACUGUAAAGAAAUGCUUAAAUAAAGUAAACAUCCUGCAAGUGUGUUUAUAACUGUAUGUAUGAAAAAAGGUUUGCAUGCAUACAUUGUUUCCAUGUUUGGACCAAAAAAACCAGCUUUUUCUAAAAAAAUAAAAAAUAGGCAAGCCAUAAUGUUUAUGUUUCAGUUGUUUGAAAACGAAACUGAAUAAACACAUUGGUUUUGUUUAAAUAUAAAAACAGUAUAUCAUGAUGCAGUAGAUAUGAGUGGAAUGUACCAUGUACAUGUUAGAAACCUUAUGCAUGGUGUGAUAUUUUGUCGAUGCAAGAUAUAUCAUUAUAGAAAUUACUUCCCAAGCUAGGCCUUCAUUAACCGAUAUCCUGCCAAAAGCUAUUUUAAUGCAGUGGUUGAUCAUUUAACAUACCUGGGGAGCCUGGUGUGAUGUAGAAUCUUAGAGUUUCCCCUCCAAUCUCAGGGUGCACAGACAGAUUCUGACUGGGUUAUUCACUAAAGUGAGAUUUCAAAGUGAAUUUCAAAUUUAAGGUCAAAAUAGCAGAAUCAGAAAAAUUAUGUUGUUUACCUGUGUUCUCGAUUAGCUACUUUGGCCUUAAAUUUUAAAUUCACUUUGUAUUCUUACUUUAGUUAAUAACCCUGUAUGGGUUACACAGUCCUGAGCAGGUGCUUUGCUAUAUUGUAGAUUUUGUAAGAUAAUAAAUGUGUUAUUGCAUCAGUACUGGUUUGUUAAUUAGUGUUUAACUUAGAUGAAAAAAGCCAUAAUGGACAUGGCUGCAAUACACUGUCUGGCAGGGUUAUUCUCACAAGGUGAGAAUUGACAGUCAUUCAAAGAGAAUUUAAAACUGAAGGACAAAAUAGUCGAACCUGAAACAUCGCUAACUUGGACAUUUUUUUUCAAAUUCGGCUAUAUUUGACCUUAAAUCUGAAAUGCACUUUAAAUUCACUUUGUAUUCCUGACAAUCCUACGUUUUGUGAAUAAACCUAAUUAAUGUUUGUGUGGAACUCAGGUUUGACUCAGUUACAAAUUAUCCAGGUGGAUUUUUAUAUAUAUAUAUAUAUAUUAUGUGUAAAUAUUAGCAAUGUUAUUCAUUGUUUGUUAAAUCUUAAAGAUUUCACAGGGUUGAAAUAUAUGCUAUUAGCAAACAGCACAAAAAUGUAUCUCCUCUCCAAAUUAUGUAAUGGGUUAGUGUGCGGAAGGAUAUUUCAUUAUUAUUAUUUUAUUAUUUAUAUAGCGCCAUCACAUUCCAUAGUGCUGUACAAUGGGUGGACUAACAGACAUGUAAUUUUAACAAGACAAUUGGACGUACAGGAACAGAGAGGUGGAGGGCCAUGUGCAAUGAGUUUACAUUCUAGAGAGAGUGGGGUAUAGUGACACAAAGGGUAAACGUAGGGGUUCGAAGUAGGUUUUUAGAAAAGUAUUCAUUGCGGGCUUAGUAGGUAAUUUUUGACAGUUGCAGGAGAGGAGUCAUGGGGGAUUGGGGAUAAAAACCUCCUAACAGUUUAAUUGAUAUGCUUUCUUGAAGAAGUGAGUUUUCAGUGAUUUUUUUUUGAAUGAGAGGGUACUGGGUGAAAGUCUUACAGAGAAGGGAAGGGAGUUCCACAGAAGAGGUGCAGCCAUGGAGAAAUCUUGGAGGCAGCAAUGGGAGUAUGGACAGAGGAUAUACGUAGGUCUUUGGCAGAGCGCAGGGGCCUCGACGGGACAUACUUGUGUAUUAGGGAGCAUACGUAGGUUGGAGCAGCAUUAUGUAGGGACUUGUAAGCAAGCACCAGAAUUUUAAAUUGAGCCCCAAAUCUAACUGGAAGCCAAUGCAGGGACUGAUAGAGUGGGGAGGCGUGGGAGGUGCGAGCAGACAGAAAAAUGAGCCUUGCCGCCGCAUUCAUUAUAGAUUGCAGCAGUGCAAUCUGGGAACAAGUAAUACCACUGAGAAGGGUAUUGUAGUAGUCAAGGCGAGAGAGAACAAGAGCAUGGAUCAGCACCUUAGCCGCAAAUAGUUAAAUAGGGGCGAUUGCGCACUAUGUUUUUGAGAUGGACAGGAUUUGGCGAUUGAUUGGACAUGAGAGGCGAAGAAGAGGUUGGAGUCAAGAAGAACACCCAGGCUGCGGGCCUGCGAGGUAGAGGUGAUGGUAGCACCAUUGACUUGGAGGGAGACAGACACGGGAGUAGUAACACUUGAGGGAGGAAAGACCAGAAGUUCUGUUUUGGACAGGUUGAGUUUAAGGAAGUGAGCAGCCAUCCAGUUGGAGAUCGAAGAGAGGCAGUAAGAGACACGAGUCAAGAUGGGCGGAAAGAGAUAAGGAGAGGAUAGAUAGAUUUGAGUGUCAUCCGCAUAGAAAUGAUAAUGGAAGACAAAGGAGCUGAUGAGUUUACCAAGGGAGGCAGUAUAGAUAGAGAACAGUAGGGGACCAAGGACAGAACCUUGGGGGACGCCGACAGAGAGUGGUUGGGGGGAAGAGGCAGAGUCAGAGAAAGAAACCCUGAAAGUGCACUGGGAGAGGUAGGAGGAGCACCAGGAGAGAGCAGUAUCCCGUAGACCAAAAUUACAGAGAAUGCAAAGAAGAUGUUGAUGAUCAACAGUGUCAAAGGCAGCUGAAAGAUCAAGGAGAAUUAGGAUAGAGUAAUGGCCACGAGAUUUAGCAGCAAUUAAAUCGUUGGAUACUUCAUAAAAGCGUACUAUAAAAAAAUGCUUAGAUUUAGUAAACAUCAUGCAAGUGUGUUUAUAACUGUAAAUGUGAAAAAGGUUUAAAUGGUUUAAAGCAAGCAUGUCAAACUCGUGGUCUGCGGGCCGCAUGCGGCCCACAAUAGACAUCUUUGCGAGCUGCGAGUACAUGCUUGGUGUUAAAUCAGAGUAGGCACCUGCUUUCCCCACAUGGCAGGUGCCUACUCUGCUAAAACUUACCCAGCCUGGAAGGAGGGCCAGCGAGGGAGCUCAGUGUUCCUGCUCCUCAAUGCUCCCUCGCUCGCGCCGUCUGUAGUGAAGCUGGGCGCCGGAAUAUGACAUCAUAUUCCGGCACCCAGCAUCACUAAACUGCACACAAGGGAGCAGUGAGGAGCAGAUAGAAGAUCCCCAAUGGACCCCAAGGAGAGGCUCCACAUCGGCUCCCAAAGGUAGGGAGCAAUAAAGAGUGUGUGUCUGUCUGUGUCUGUGAGUGUCUGUAAGUGUCUGUGAGUGUAUGUCUGUGAGUGAGUGAGUGUGUGUGUGUCUAUCAAUGAGUGUGUGUGUGUGUCAAUGAGUGUGUCUGUCUGUGUCAGUAAGUGUGUCUGUCUGUCGGUGAGUGUGUGUGUGUGUAUCUGUCAGUGUGUUUGUGUCUGUCGGUGAGUGUGUGUGUGUGUGUGUUGGUCAGUGUUACAUUGGCUGCGACUGGACAGUGGAGUACCUGGAGGUGCAUGGAGGCACGCAACACCACGUCACAUUCUGACGUGCUCCAAGUAGCGGGAGGAUCAGAUUUGACACAGGGUGCGGACGGCGCCAUUUGGGGUAUACCAGAGGCCGGACUCCGGAGUCGCAUACUGGCAGCGGCAUUGUGAGUGGAGUCUGCUUGUUGGCUAGUGGGGGGUGCUGGGAUUUAGUAUAUGGGGGACUGAGAUUUAG